AUGAGCGAGCAAGAGGAGGACCGAGGGACCCGCAGAGCCCCGCGGUGGAUGCCAAGAGCUGCAGCGAGGCUCGCGUCCCUCGCCCGGUGGCCGGGAGGCGGCGGCUCUGAGGCGCCCUCCGCUUCUCGGCUGGGGCAGGAGACGAGGGGCGGAACUACCGCCAGCCAGAGCCCAAACUUUCCCCGGCAUGUGUCCUUGGGCGAGGCACGCGCCCAGCGGCAGGAGCGCGGAGAGGAGGAGAGCCGCGCGCUCGCCCGGGACCCUGGCGGCAGCAUGAGCCCGUGGCGCUGCGCAGCGGCCCAGGAGAGGCGGCCGGGGAAGGGCUGCGCGCUGCGCCUCUGCCUGCUCUCCGCCACCCUCCUCCUCUGCCUGCUGCAGCUGGGGCUCCGGCGCUCCUGGGACGCCGCAGAGCCCGCCAAGGAGGCGCGCAAACCGCCUCUCCCGCCGCCGCCGGGAGCUCGCAGAGCUGAGAAGGCGAACGAGGCGACCAGCAGGCGGCAGGUGACCUAUGUGAGGAGCGGCCGCCGCAGGGGCCCAGCCGAGCCCACCUGUUGCCUCCAGGGGGCGCCCCCGAGCGACGCCCGCAAGAAGGUAAGAAUGGCCGCCUCCGUGCGGUCGGUGGUUCACCCUUCAGUUGGGAGCUGCUGCUGCUGCUUGAGACGUGGCUCGGUUCAGGCCUGGUGGGCGUGAGGAGGUAAUGGUAUGGAGGAGAAUCCCAGAAUCAUAGAAGGGAUCCGGUGGGUCAUCUAGUCCAACCCCUUGCAAUACGAUGCAUUGAGGCCCCGAGGUUGCCAGGACAUGAUGUUAAAUUAUGAGGUGGCCUUGGGUUGUCUGCUAGUUCUGCUGAGAGUCGCAAAAGGGAUGGUUUCUUUUCUUUCUCUCUUGGCUGUUUAUGCAUCCUACAUUUAAAGUACGUCCAGCCUCCAGGAAUUGUAGGUGCUGUAGUUUGCCCAGCAGAACUACAAUUCCCAGCACUAUUAAACUGCUCUUCCCAAGAUUAUUGGGUGUGCGUGUGUGGCAUGUGAGCUUUAUUCAGGUGGUCUGUGGCAUGUUUGUCCAUUUGUGGUUGAAUAUGGGAUUUUUGUUUUUAUUGCUUCUUUUUUAUAUUGUAUUUUGUUUUAUUACAAUUUUAAUUCUGCAUAAUUCAGAUUAUAGUACAAUAAAAUACAAUAUAUGUAUGAAAUAAGUGGUGAGGCAUGCACUGAGACUGAGCUGGUAAAGCUGUCACCAAACUGUAAAGUGAGGGGCCCUGUGUAGCUGUCUAAUCUGAAAAAGUGACCUUGGAAAUAUUCUACAGAAAUCUGGAGCAUCCACAGGAUGUGUAUUCUGGAAUAAAAGGCAUCCUUUGACAAUGAAUAUCGUAAGGCAACCAUAAGUCAUGAGUGCUAGACUGGUACAUUUAUUUAAUCUCAGCCUAGCAAAUCUAUUUCCAUUAUGGCAGGUAGCCCCAUAUGCUGGUAAAAUUGCCUUCAAAAAUAAGGUUAAGGUUGAUUUGGGAAUUUGAAGUUGUUCGUAAACUUGGGGCCCAGACAGGGUUUGAAGCAGCUGAGCCAAAGAGAUCAUGAGAAGUAAAUUAGUUUUUAUGAUGAGGGACUCAAAAUGCUGUCCUCAUCUGGAACAAUAACAACCUGAAGCAAUACAAGCUCUGUAAUGAGGACAGAGUUCAAAUGUGAUCAAAGAAUGUCGAGCUUUGAGACUCUGCAGUAAGAUUGCAGUCUGAAGCAACCUAAACUUUGAAGUAAAUCCACUUGAAAUCAGUGGGAUUUGAGUAAACAUGAUUUAAGUUCAGGCUGUUCAGAUAACACCUGGUGUCUCAGAUCUAAAUAGCCAUGUACUUCAGGGAAAUGUCAUUUUCAGAUCUGCAUUAUGUCCGGUCCUCUCUAUAUGAGUGCCCUUCAUCAAUUAGAAAUAAUUCUUGGUGGCAGUAAUUUCCCUCUUUAAAGUGUAUCAGAUGUCCCCAGAUGUACUUCAGAGAAGAAAAGCUGUUGCCUGUCCUUCAUUUCAGAUAUCUUAUUGUAGCUCAUUUCCUACAUUAUAUCUGGAUAGUGUUUGUGUGUGUGUGUGUACGUACGUACGUGUAUGGUAAGCUGCAUUGUGUUAAGGCAGGACAAAUACUUUAUGAAUAAUUCAGCGGUUCUUUCUGUCUCUCUGCCUCUGCUUUUCUGCUUUUUACUUACAUUUCAGGGAUGCUUUUGUUUGUUUUUAGGAACGUAGGAUAGGUUAGACCAGUGUUUCUCAAACACUACGCUGGGAUUCACCAUUGGACCUUGUACCACUUUCAGGUGAGCCUCAGUGCCACAGCCUGCCCAGUGCCACCCUACCUAUGCUAUUUCUAAGUGAUUCCCACCAUAGCCUUGGAUGGUUGCUACAAAAAGCUCCAGUACACAGACAGUCUUUGUAUUUGUGGUCAACCUCGGAUGGAAGACACCACCCAUUAUUAGAGCAGCAAGCAAAGUCUAAAAUCAAGGAAGUCAGACCCUAAGCCCUUUACCAGAUGUUACUAUUCUUUUUGGACCUGUGGUCACAUUUGCAAAGCAGAGGAACAGUUUGGGCAGUACAUGCAUGCUGCAACUCUCCCCCCCUCCCCAGCUGUAACCCCACUAAAAUCACCCAAUGCCUCAAUUAGGCUUGAAAAAAAAUCAUUUAUUACCCUUGGAAGAAGCCAGAAGGGGGGUGAGACCCUGUGAGCAUCAUAGGCGGCUUCUGUGGGCAGCUGUGUGCCCUCAGGUACCACAUUGGUGACCCAUGCUCUUACAGUGCAAUCCUUGACAUGUCUAUUCAAAAGUGAGCCCCAUUGAGUUCAAUAGGACUUGCUUCCUUGGAUUGCUUUGUAAAUGUAAAAGUUAUUCUACCCCCAUUUCUCCUCCAGCAGUUAAAAUGGAUUACAGAGAAAUUUAAAAUACUGAUAAGGAUCGCACUCUCAGAUGUUUGAAAUGAUGUUCUUAAUAUAAUCCUUAAAUAACCACAGGGUUUAGAUGAAUUGUUGGGGGGAAAUUUGCUUUGCUUUGUUUUAUUUUUGAUAAAGACUAUCAGGAAAUAGCGGUAUUCUUCUAUGAGUAAACAUUGUGAUGAUGGUUUUUGGCAUGCUCAUCAGGGACUUCCUGCUGGGAGCCGCAGGUAAAGAGAAAAAAAAUGCAGAGGGGCUAUGCUGAAAAGAUUUUGAAAUAUUUCAUAAAGUUCUGCCUCUUAUCAGAUGCAAGUAUCUUGAUUGCAGGUUAUUUCCAUAACUGCAAGCAAUUAUAAUCAUAUUAAUCAUAUGGAUUUGUUCUUCUUAGUGUGUGUUAAAAUAACACAUUGAGAGUUAAAUGGCUUCUGUCUUCACCUUCAGGCUGUUUUUAUGUAAAGUUAUAACUGCUAAGUACAUUUAUCUGAUUUUUAAAAAGCUGAAUGUAUGGAAAACACCAAUAAAAAACAAAAGGAUUGUCCUUUGCAGCCCAACCAUGUGACAGAUCUGGUAAACACCAGAGCCACCAAUAUAAUUCUUGGCAUGUUUGCCAAGAAACCAGAUGUUUCUACACUUUCUGGUUUAUAAAAAACAUAUUAUCCCACUUGGCAUUCACAGUCCAUCACAGCCAUCCAAAGAAUAACUAGUGGAGAGAAAUGAUGUGUUAUGAUUUGCAAAAUGAAAGCAUGAAGCCCUCUUUAUAGCCUGAUAGAGUAGCCAAGAUAAAAUUGUCAAGUAUGGCUCAAAAUACCACAAUGGGAAAGAAAUGUAUGAUGACGAUUUUAAACAAUACCAACAAAAAUCAGGUUUUUAUUUUCAGAAAUGCACACAUUUGUCCUUCAUGGCUGCUAGCAAUUAUGAAGCCUACAUAUUACUCAUUGCCUUAACUGCAACUAAGAAAAUAGAAUGGAAGUUUACGUUUUAAUAUUUAUUUAUUUAUGCAUUCAUUAAAUGUUUAUCCUGUGCCUUUAGCUCAUCCAUGCUGAUUAUAAAAGACUAAAAACAGUGCAAUCAUACAUUUUUAAAUAAAAAAAUCAACAAAAAAUAAGAUUAAAAUAGCAGGUAGAACAUAAUAAAUACAAUGCAACACAUAAGCAUUUCCUCAGUGGCUUACUUAGUAGGUUUUAAAAUGAAAGUUUAGGAGAAUAAAAAGGUAUUUUGCCUGGCACUGGAAUGAUAUCAGUGUAUGCAGGUGAGCUUCCCUGGGGAGACAUUCCAAGGCUGAGUACCUUGGAAUAGUUCUUUGGCCACAUCUGCACUAUGCAUUUAAAGCACUGCUAUAGCAUUUUAACAGCCAUGACUUCCCCUGAAGAAUCCUGUAGUUUUAAGAGUUCUUAGAAGACCACUAGUCCACUCAGUUACAAUUGUUAGCAAUCAAUCCCCUUUCCCAAGGAACUCUGGGAACUGUAGGUCUGUGAGGGGAAUAGGGGGUUCCCAACAACUCUCAGUGCCCUUAAAAGAUCAGAGUUCCCAGGAUUCUUUGGGGGAAGCCAUGACUGUUACAAUGGUAUAAUAGUGCUUUAAAUGUAUGGUGAAGACGUGGCCUAUUUCAUUCACCAUCUGCCUUUCCUCAAAAGGGGGCAGGCCCAGCCCAAGACAUUGUGGUCUGAGGGAAAGGGCAAUGCCGGACCCCCCCCCACACACAUUCCAACUUCUCUCUGUACUGGCAGUCAGAUUUUGCUUCAACAAUGGGACAGUGUCCACUACUGCAUCUGAGGGCAGCAGCCUAGUUUAGAGGGCAGAAGGUUGUGGGAGAAUGAAUGGGAGCCUCAAGAGGAGCAGCUGGGAAGGCUGCUGCCACUUGGCUUCUACCACCUGAAUCAGAUGUGUUACUCUGCCUAAUGUUAGGGUCGGCCCUGGCGGGGCGACGGGACACCAGGAAAAGACAUACAAUGACUUUAGGGACUGGGUGAACUAGUGUGGACAAAGAUGAGCUAAUAUGUACUUGGGCUUUAAACAAUGUAGGUGUUUAAAUUACUGUAGGUAAUCAUCCGCACUUCCAAUUAAGCUCAGAAAUGGACUGGAAGUCAGUGGAGCUGGGUGAAUACAGCAACCCAGUGACUAUUUCAAACUAGCUCCCAUCCUUUAAAAUGUAUGUGCACCAGAUUGCAAUAGUCCAACUUGCCCCAAAAGGAAAGGUUUGAGAGAGGCUGAUAAUUGGGACAUCUUUCAAGGUCUUCCCCAGCUUCUCCAUCCCCUCCUCCUCAGUACUUCCACUUGAUAUAGUGCCUGUCCCACUUCCCCUCUUGAGCUGCUGAAGGCAAAGCCUCGGAAAUGCAUCUUUUUUAUACCCCCUGUUUUGAGGUCCUAGAUUCAGGGAAGAUAAAGUUUCCUGCCAGAAUUGGUUCUCUGCCCUUUGUCACAGGGAGUCAAGGAGAAAGUUGGGAACUGACUAUUACAGGCACACCAUUACAAGGUUUUUUCUUAUGUUUCUGGGAAAGAAACAUUUCUUGAAUGUUUAAAAAUUGAAAUCUUGCAUUCUCUUUGACUUUCAUCCAGAUUUAUUUUCCUUAAUAAAGGGAAUUUGUAGCCUUUGGCAAAAAAACACACACACUGAAAUCUUUAGGACACUUAACAAUAACAUUAUUAUGUUACAAUAAAAAUGCUAUUGCAUCAUCUUAGAAACUAGGAAAUGCCACACUGAAACAGAUGGACUAAAGAAAUUAUAUCUGACUGUGCCUGGACUGGAAGCUUCAAAGGAAAAACCAAAACUAAUUAUAAUCAUUAGCAUUCCUUCCAAGGGCUUAUGUAUAUGAUCUGAUAUACCAGACCUUUCAGAAGUGAUUGAUUCAGAGUAGUUAUUCUGCAUCAACAUUCCUUGUUUACUCAGGCAGGGAAUCUCAAGUGUUGCACAUAUUCUUAUAUCUUUGCUCAAUAUCUUGGAUUGCUUUUAGUGUGCUACUGACAGAGAAUUUUGAACUCCUCCAUCUCUUCAUAUCUGAAUUAACCACCCUACUAGGUUUUCAAAAUCUCAGAUGAGAGGAGCCUCAUUAUACUACUUCUCAUUUUGUUGUUUUGGUCAUCUUUAGUCUCUGAUUAUUCCCAUGCACGUACAAACAAAACCCAGACUUUGGAUACGAUCCUAAUCAUGUUUGCUUGGAAGUGAGGAUCACGCUGCAAAAAUAGCAGAUACUGUCAGCACUGUUUUAAGGACAUUGAGCACUUGGAGACAUAGUCCUUCACUCCUGUGUUUAUAAUUUCGUGAACAUAUAGCAACAGCAUUCUUGGUUGCUGAAAUAAUGACAUAAAAGGCAUCCUGAAUUGAAUACAUCAAUGUCACAUGAGGUGUGCUGCUGCUCUGUUGCUCUCUCAGCUGUGGCAGUGCUGCCACUUGCCAGAACUGGAAUGGCUGGGGAAGCACUGGGUUGACAGUUGUGGGUGCAGAUGUGCAUAUACCUGCUGUCACUGCCAGCCUGAUCCUUCCCCUGCUGUGGCUGUCACCCUGCCCUAUCUUGGUCAUGGUGGCGGUGGCACAGCAGUGGCAUCCCACCUCAUGCACUGUGAAUGGAUGAGAUGUGGGGCAUGCUCUGGGGAAAGUUAAACCCACAACUAUGGGGCUUAAGUGCAACUAGCUUUCUUAGAAUUGGUCCUAUAGCAUUCCUUAGGAAUCCUCUGGGUGCAAAGGGCUUGUAAGGGAGUUUGUGCUCUCAUUGCAAAGAAAGGGGAACUUUUCGCACACAUGGAUUUUAUAAUAACUCUUGGUUAUCUUCUCCUGUGAUCAAACCCAUUUCGCCUGGGAGAUUAAUAGCAUUACAGCACUAGGUAUUGUGACUUCAAGCCAUUGGCAUCUGCAUGGAUAACUAAGGAAGACUUCAGGGAGUUCUUGUUCAAAUAUUGUCAGUCUGAAAGAGCAGACUGAGAGAGAUUAUUGUGUUUGCAAUAAAAGGAUGCCCUUUCAUUGACAGUUGUUUUCAACAGCAAAUAAUCAGGUCCCAGGAGCACCAGCGCAACCUGGUACAAAAUCAGGGGGGAGGGGAGUAGAGAAAGAAUGAAAGAGAAGAUAUAGAAGCUCUGGAAUUAUUUUCGCAGUAACUGUGCAAGGAAAAGCUACUGAUCUUUUAAUUGUAUUUUAAAGCCUUUUCAUUUGCAGUUAAUAGACCAGAAAAUACUGAUUAUAAAAUGGUUCCUGGCAGUGAUGUCUCUUGCAAGCUUACUAGGUUAAUGAUCACACAGCAGAGCCAUGAUCCUUGCAUGCUUACCUUAGCUUUUAAAAAAUUAGUCUUGCUUCAUACAUUUUUGAGCAGCAGCUGGGGAAUCCUAUCUUUCAGGGGUGGGGGAAACUCAUAGCAUGACAUGCUGUAAUUAUAAUCGCCUAGCAAAAUCUCAUCAAAUUUGAUGAAUUGCAGGGUGAUGGGCGAUGAACAGAGAGCUCCGUCUUCCUUUCUCCCAAUAAGAUUCAAAUUCUUUUCAUCCCUUCCUGUUCCCCAUUCUCUAGCUCUGCCCCCCACAUCCCGGGAGUCAUUAUUCUGCCCCAGCUCCUAUGCCGAGGGAGGCAGACGGUUCUUACCAGCAUGCUGGUAAGAGGGUAUUGCCUUGUUCUUCAUUUCCUGCUAGCAUUUUAGUCACAACAGCUAACGAGCAGGAUCUGUUGGAUCAACUUCCUAGCAUUGCUUUUUUGAGUGGGGGUUGAUACUCCAAAAUACACAGUUGGGCAAUGCCAUCUGUCACUAAAUAGGGGCAACAUUUCUAGUUCUAUCAAACUCUUCAUCAGGCAAGAUACUACACCAAGGUAGGAGGUAGUGAGGAUAAGGGAUGCUGGAGACCUCUGACAGAAACUGGAGAGGAAAAUGCUGAUGUCCACUUAUUUGUCCAGUGUCCAGAAUGGAAAUCAAUCCAGCAAAUAUGAUCAGUUGUUGCUGCUUUCAGUCUUCAGAUGAUACAUAAUGGAUGACUCCCCUUUCCCCAAGUUCAGUUGUGUUUCCUUUGUAGUGUAUUGAAGUGAAUGGCCUGUGCAUUGAAAUGAAUCAUGGGGCAUAGCAUAAUAAUACUGUGAUUAAUAACAUCAUUAGUUAUGUAAUUACAUAAAAUUACAUUACAGUGGUCAGAAGCUGAAAUGCGUCAGAACAGAAGCACUGUACAUAAUGAACAUGGGUCAGAAUGGAAAUCAAUGCCUUCUUGCAUCCCUAGCAGGGACAUGAGGGGUGGGAAUUAAAAAGCAAAAAAGUAUAUAAAUUAUUCUGGAUGUUAUGAGCUUUUAGACUUGGUUCCAAAACUGUGCACUUAAAAAAAUCUCUGCUUGUUGUUACAGAUACCAAGUUACACACCAUUUCUGAGAACACAAAGGCCACCCGUUACUCAGCUCCCUCAACACAUCACAAGUUGAUAUACACAGGGCCCUAAUUAGGCACAGAGCAGAAACAAAGAGAAGCACAGCAAUCUGUAUUUUAGCAAAGCUGAUGAUAUAUUCUGUGUGGCGCUAGGUGAGAGUGUUGAGUGAUGCCAAAUUGACUAAGAAGGUAUUUUCCAAGGCACCUAAAAAUGUAGCCAUGUUGGUGUAUAAGAAAAAACAACAACCUGCAAAAUCAACAGCUGGGCAAUGUAACAGAAGGGGGGGGGGGAGCUGGGAGAGCUUGCUUAUGCCCUUCCUUGCACAAUUUCCUUGUGAGUAGGUCAGCCAUGCCCUGAAACUAUAUGGUAAUUGCUGCCACUUUUCUUCAACACUUACAGCCUCCAGACAGGAGGGAGUUCUAGAGUGCUUAAGGAAAUACUAAAACCCGGGACUAUGAAGUAGCAUUUAGUUUCUAUGACCCUCUCCAGGGUGCAAGAUCUAUCUCAGUUUACAAGGAGCAAUAGGGCUACUAUCCAGCUGCCUUUCCCUCUUGCGGAUAUAGUGCGACUAGCUCUUCUCUCCAUUGAAAUCCCAUUAUUUCACCCCAGGAGCAUAGGUUUCAGUGGCUAGACAUGUGAAAGAUUAUCUGAAUCCUAGAGUUUGGCUGAAAUGCACUUCAGACCCCAGCAGCCAAAUGCUAUGAAGUUUAAUUAAGAAUAAUAAAAAUGGAUAGAGCAGGCUAUUGGAAAAUAAAGGGACCCCCUAGCUAAAAUUUAUGCUGACCUAGCUACAUAUAGGCUUCUGGUUUCCCCAUGAGUAACACAGUGUAGAUGGUCUGUUGCAGGGUUUUCUGAUUGGGAACUAAUCUUGCUUGAAAAAUUGCAUAUAUGUGUAAUAUAUUAUUGGAAAAACAUAUGUGAAUGCAUAUAAAUACUGAAUAGUAUAAUGGGUAUUAAAUGCAUGCGGAGACACACCCAUGUAUUUAUAAAAUAUAACCUGCAGUCUUCCUAGUGGGCUGAAACGUAAAGCAGAUAAUAAAUGGAGUGACUGCAAUUUGUUAGAAUGCAACUAGUUUAUCAUUUCUAGACAACAUAUCCACAUUCCUUUAGGAUCUUUGUAACUUAUUGAUGCAGCUUGAAGUUAUUUAUGCUAGUCAGCCUUCUUUUGAGAGAAUAAAGUAAAGGCGACAUGCCGGCCUUCUUAAGGAGCCAGAUAAUUUAUUAGAGUAAUAGAAUUCUGUAUACAAAUAUGCUGAAGGCCAUGCAUACCAGUGGAAUGAAGGCUAUAAUUUGGAAUCUACUGUUGUGGUAAUAACUCAGCAGCAUUUAGAGCAGAGGCAGUUGAGCUGUUUCCAGCCUCAUUUACAGGAGCUAGCAGCAAACUUAGUUGAACAAGUGGGACCUGCAACAAAGUCUUGCCGUUUUGGAGUCCUCCUCUAGCCAACCACACCCUCUUCCAGGCCACUCCAUUCUAUUCCAUUCUGGUUUUAUAUCCCCCCCCCCAAGUCAUUCAGCAUUCUGUGGUCUCUAAGACGUUAAGUAUCUCAGUCGGUAGAGCAUGAGACUCCUAAUCUCAGGGUUGUGGGGUUGAGCCCCACAUUGGGGGGUUGGACUCAAUGACCCGUGAUCCCUUCCAACUCUACGAUUCUAAAACUCUAAGCAUGCUAAGUUCUCACUGGACCUUACUGGAGUCAUCCUGUCCUCUGGAAUAAUCCUAACUUCUGGUUGGAGAGCAGUGGGGCUGACCAGAGCAGUGGGGGCCACCAUUGCAGUAUAUUUCUUGAUUUUGUUGCUGGGCUGGCAACAAGUGGGUACAAGAAAGAAAUAAUAAUAAUAAUAAUAAUAAUAAUAAUAAUAAUAAAAAUGUUUUUAUAUCCUGCCCUCCCCAGCCGAAGCCGGGCUCAGAGUGGCUAACAACAGUAAAAUGAUAAAACAUUAUAAAAUCAUUUUAUUAUAAAAUUAAUUAAUUAAUCCAGAUCUGACUCCUCCCUAACUGUUAAACCAGUUUGGGAUACAUUGGACCCUUGGGUGGGCCAUUUGUUCUGCUUCUCUCUCCUCAUCCUUCCCUGUUUGAGGACAUUACAUUGGAUACUGCUGGCACUGGCAACAGCCUACAGUGUUGGUGGGUUCAGCAAAGCCCCCUGCAGCAUUGGAUCCUCUGCCACAUCAGUGCAGGUUAGGAUUGCUCUGCCCAUUGGCCUUUGGUCUGAUCCAACAGGGUCUUCUUAUGUUAUAAGUAACUACUGGAAAUGUUAAUUUACUGAUCUUUUAUAUCCUGGUAAUCCUACACCUGAAAAUAGUUAAUAUUGCUUGAAGAUACAGCCAUUAACACUCAGGUGGUAGGAAAGGUAUUUGCGUGCAACAAUAAUGUAUAAUAAAAAUAAAAAAACCUUGUUGCUUAAAGACUUAAGGUUGUUGUGUUUUUUAAAAAAAGAAAGAUUAGGGGAAUUUGUUCUGCUCAGCAGAUUUUUGCUUGUAAAAGACUACAGGGUAUUUUUUAUUUUUCUUGCUUUAGGCAUAGUAAUGCUAUUUAGUUCUUUUAAUGAAAAUUUUUAAAUGAAGGUGUGGUUCUUUUAAAGUAGUCAGAAGCAAGUGGAGCACAGUGGAUCUUGUUCCAGACUUAUUAGCUAACACGUAGCUAGUUCUACUUACAAAAAACAAAACCUGCAGCUGCACUGCUAUUCUCACUUACUUGAGAGUAACUUUCAUUUAACCCGUUGUGAUUUAAAACCAAAUAAACCAGUAUAGAAUUGGACCAAGAGGAUGGGGCUGGGCAUAGCUCAGUGGCAGAAUACAUUGUGUUAUAAGUUUGGGGGUUGGGUGGGAAGAAUAGGCUGUAUUUGAGAGCCAUCUAAGCCCUGGAUCCAGCAAGUUUAAAAUAUAAGGCAGGAUAGCUUCCUGAGUUGAGGGAAUAUCCUAGGUUAUUAAGGCAACAAAGGAAGUGGCUUGGCACCAGAUGUCAAAUGGGUGGGCCUCCCUCCCUCAGCUCAUGGUUAGUUAGAGGGGUGAAGAGUUUAGAAUUGCAGUGAUGCGGGCCAGAAGUGAAGCAGCAAGUUGGAGAGAGAGCGAGAGUAAUGUUUAAAAGCAAUAUUUGAUUUCAGUUUGGGUUAUGGGAGAAGCAAGAUCCUUUUGGGGUGCUGUGAACCGCUCCAUCAUAUGAUCAGGUUGUACAUAUGUGUAAAUAAACCAUAUAUCAUAAAGACACCACAGUCUCCACUGUGCCUCAUUCCCAAAGGAAACAUGGACCUUGGGUGAGCGCCUGGAACCCCUGGAAUCUCACACUGCUCAGAGAUUGGGGUGGCAUGCAACAGUACUUUGCCUGCAAAAGGUCCCAGGUUUAAUAUUAGGCUGCAAAAGACCUGUCUGAAACACUGGAGAGUCACUGCCAAUCAGAGUUGACAAUAUUGAGCUAGAUGGACCAAAAGUCUGACUUGGUAUAAGGUAAUUUCCUGUGUUCCUGUGAUGCUCCCUUUUGCUGUACUGUAUAUAUCACAGGACAUUUCUUUUUAACUAGACAGAUUCUAAUUGCUCCCUCUCAUAGUGCACUCAGUCAAGGCCCUAUCAAUCUCAAAGUAAAAUGUGAGCACCUUAAAGAAGGUGCUGGUUUCCAAGCAUUUUGGUGACCCUGCACCCCACCGGGGAAAUAGAGAUGUAAUUUUGUAAAGGAAAAGGAAUGAUACCCUCCCAACAGCCCACGAGAAUGCCCUGUGUUUUCCAGGGAUGUCUGAUGAAAAAGCAAAACAGAAAAGAUGGAAGAUGUAGGUGAACGAAUUAGCUGCCUUGAGCUCCAUACAGUUCAUAGAAUGCUGAAGAAGGUGUGACUUGCUCUGUGGAACUCUGGAACCAAACGCUUAAAAGGGUGGGGAGAUACUGCAACAUUUUGCUGCAAGCCCGGCUUGUGAUUUGAGAUUUAAAAUUACAUUUAACCUUUUCUCUGUCAAAUUCAAAACCCGUUUGUUUUAUACCUGUGUAUAAAGAGAAUAAAAAUACACCCCAACAUACAACCCGCCCUUUAGAAUAUGCAUGACUUUUUUUUUUAAUUAACUGGAUUUCUGUGUUCAAAGACCAGAUGUUCAUUGUCAGCUGGAUCCACUCAAAACAGUCUUUAAUUUCAGAGCCUAGAGGAGAUUUCCAAAUUUCCAAUUUCUACCUUUCCAGUACCCUGGUGGGCCUCCAGAUUUUAAAAGCUGUGGUUAUGCUUUCAAGCACUUGAAACUAAGAGUAUAUUUCUAAGUAUGGUGUAUAAAUAAUAAGCCAUUAGUGGUAGUGCUCUCCAGAGUCCUGAAAGCCUCCAAAGUAAAACUAAAAAUCUGGCAAUCGACUGGAAGACCUGCUUUUGGGGGUUAGAGAUCACAAUCUCCCAAGCACUUGAUUUUACUGAUUAACAAUUAAAAGCAUCUGGUUCAUUUGGAUGAUCAUCCCAUUUCGAGCUUAUCGUCUGGGAAAUGGCCUGUUUCAAGUCAAGCACCACUUACUCCUUACAGACCAAUGUUUGUCUAGGGUUAGACAGACUUAAAGUUGGCUAGUUUAGCUUGCUUAGUGAUCUGGAUUUAUUGGAAUGCUCUGCUGUAGGUGGGAGAUCAAAAAUAGUAUAGCUGACCUGUCAACAGUGAUGGGCAAGGAUGGUUUUGGCAACUUGGACAUUAAGUGGAAAAGGAGUUGCUAAGUUUCAAUCAGGCUAUCUCUUUAAGAGCCCCAUGGCAAGAAGAGAGGAGGCAGCCAUAGUUUCUUCCACUUCACUUGACCAUUCCAUUUCAUUGCUCUCACCCCUUUGCAUGCAGCUCGUGUGAGUGAGCAGCACCAAAUCCAAAAUCAGCUGAUGUGUGGAAGUGUCUGUGGCCAAGAAAAGCCCUGGCUGCAUCCACUCUUGCUGCUGAAGAGUUGUUAGAGAGAGAGGUGUGCUCUCCUAUUUGCAUUUUGAUCCUUCUCUGUCCUGCAUUGCAGAUAUUACUGAUCCUUCCCCUUGCUGCUUUCCUCCUGUGAGCAUGAGAAACUUCAAAGAACAUGUGCAAAAACAUCGAAUCAUAGUUGAAGGGAUCCCGAGGGUCAUCUAGUCCAACCCCCUGCAUUGCAGGAAUCCUGCCCACAGCUGUCCCGAGGUGGGCUUAAAACACUAACUUUCUGGUUAACAGGCAGACACACUGACCCAUUGCGCCACAGAGGCAUGCAACAUGUGACAGUGGUACCUCGGGGUAAGAACUUAAUUCGUUCUGGAGGUCUGUUCUUAACCUGAAACUGUUCUUAACCUGAAGCACCACUUUAGCUAACGGGGCCUGCUGCGCCGCCGGAGCACAAUUUCUGUUCUCAUCCUGAAGCAAAGUUCUUAACCCGAGGUAAUAUUUCUGGGUUAGCAGAGUCUGUAACCUGAAGCAUAUGUAACCCAAGGUACCACUGUAUAUUGCAAUAUAACAUGGCUGUAUAAAUGUUAAAACGGCAUCUAAGCCACAGGUUUAGAAUUUGCAUUCUAAACCAACAAUUCAGCCAGUCUUGUAUAUGAAACUUUCUCCCAGGGAGGGAAUUAUCUUUGUAGCCCUUUGGCAGCUACAGGCCCACUCCCAGCAUCCCUGAGAGAUCUAACCAUUCUGGUCAGUAAUGUCAUUACUAUAGCUCAUAGCUGUCAGCUUACAGAUUUGAAAAUAAGGGACCAGCAGCCUUGAAAAUAAGGGACCAGCAGCCAAAAUAAGGGACCUGCAGCCUCACCUGUUCCAGGCACUCCAGUCUUCCUGUCCUCCUGCAGUCUGGGUCAAACAUGCUGGUAGCUUCGAGAACACUGUCCAACCAACUUUGUAACCAGAGGUUCAACUGAAUAGAAUCUGAAUCACAUGCACCACAAGGCCUAUGCAGCCUCAACUUAAGAUGGCUCCCCGGCCUGGCUUUGCACUGCAAUGUUUGCAGCAGCACGUGCAACAAAAUGGCGUCCAGCAUUCAAAAGCCCCCUCAGCUUGCAUUAACUAGCCACACACAAGGCAUGCAAGCUCCACCCACCAGUUGUUCUUAGACUUCUUAUUAGGUGAGCAACACAGCCAAGCAACACAGUUGGUUGGGAGGGAGAGGAGCUGCUUCCUUUGAAAUUUAAGGGACAUCAUUUAAGGGACAUUUAAGGGACACCCAUCAAUAAGGGACAGCAGCGGGACAUGGCGCUAGAAUAAGGGACUGUCCCUUCAAAUAAGGGACACUUAACAGCUAUGCUAUAGCUAAAUCUGGAGAGUGAGUUUUUGAGCCCCAGGUUUCCCUAAAGUCCCUUGGUAGGCUGGAUUGUAGCAAGCUAUGGUCACCAGCAUUAAGCAAAGGCCUCCCAAUGGUCUCCUGGCAGCAGUCAUUCCAGUAGACUGCAGCAAUGGGACAGAUGGGAAGCAAGGUCCACAGUUGCUCCUUUCCCUGAACAGUUUUCAUUUGAACUGGUCUUUAGAAGAGCUUUAUAACUUUAAGAAUGGUGCCUGAGUUUGCUUGUUUUCCUUCUCCCUCUUCUUUUUCCUUUGCGUUGUGCCUUUUAGGUUGUAAGCCCAGUGGCGUAGCGUGGGGGGUGCAGGGGGGGCCAGCCGCACCGGGCGCAACAUCUGGGGGGGCGCGCUCGCACUCGCAGCUCUCUGCCCCUACCUGGCUCACUCACUCUCUCUCACUGCUGUGCUGGCUGUGCGAAUCCGAUCCGAGCCGCUGGGUCGCCGCCCACUGUGGAGGGGGUGGGUGCCAGGCGUGCGGUGCGGAGAGAGAGCGAGGGACUAUCUGGGGGAGGGACAGUGCAGCGGCAGCCCAGCGCAGCGCUGAGCGCGGGAGAGAACCACACCAGACCAGACCAGGCAGCAGCAAGAAGAAGCUGGCAGCGGCGGCAGGUUAGGGGGCGCAAAUGACUUGCCUUGCCCCGGGUGCUGACAACCCAUGCUACGCCGCUGUGUAAGCCCGGGGGUAAUGACAGUCUUGUUUAUAACUGAUAUUAUAUAAGCUACCCUGGGAGCUUUUUUGGCUGAAGAGUUGGGUAGAAAUAGUUUAACGGAAUCACAGGGGUUGGUGCUGCACAUUUCCCAUCCUCUGUUGUGCUGAUAGACGCUUUGAUGCUUCAACAUGUAUAGUCCCAGGUAUCUAGGCAACAGCCCCACCUCAGACCAUGGUGUUUCUGACUUGAUCCCGGGAGUCCCUGACACUUUCCUCUAAAUUUAGAUUUAGAGGCUAAGCUCCUUGGGGCAGGGACCUAUCUUUUUACCUCUGCAAAGCAUCCUGUAUAUUGACAACGAAAUAAAUGAUUGAUUAAGUAAUAUUUGACUGUUUCCUCUGGCCCAUCAUUUAUUUAAAAAAUCAUUUAUUGCUCUUACACUUGUUAAUAUUCCCUCUCUCAAAGGCUCAGGGUGGAUAAUAACUCUUAGUGCAUUUCAUAAUGAAACACUGGUGUACAAUAUAUUAAAAUAAUAAAAAAGAGCCUGCACUUAAAGGACCUUUCCCUCUACUAAUCCCCUACCACUAGAUUAUUGUCUGAAUAAAAAAGACACUGCAUUACUUCCUGGGGAUUUCGACUCAGAUAAUUUGUGCACUUGUCAUUAUUAUGCUUUUUAAUAUUGUGCUUCAGAAUUAAUUGCUUUUAAUUAUUAAAAACUUAAGCUCACAUGAGAAAUGCAGUAAAAGUGGAGCAAGACACUUUUGCUCAAUUCAGGGAAGAUGAUCUGCACAGGGCAAAGGCCUUGUUGGAUCAGGAAUCAUACGCAACAAUCUGAGGCUCAUGAUCUGUGCUUUCAGAUGCACAGUGUUCCGUGCAUCCAAUUGCGGAUGUUGUCUUUCCGCACAGCAUUGCUUUCAAUGGUGCACAUUUGAAUGUGUAUCAGGUGGGAUUUCCAGAACGUACAAAGACUGGUAACAUGGGCAUUCCAAAGUGAAACUUAUCUUUACUAAGGCACAGCAAUCUUAGGAGUGCCCCUCAUUUUUAUCGGUUUUUUACAGCUCUGAAGUGUGCUUUGCUUUUGACAUUUGGCCUGGGAAGACUUGACGUCUCCCCUCCUGGCUUCCCUUAGCACACAAGCUAGUUUACAAAUGCGGCUGCUAUUGAGCUCUCAGUGGGUAGCUGCACUGGGUAGCUAAUUUUUGGCACAAGGCCUUUGUGGGUCAGCUUCAAGUUUUGAGAUAACACGCUCUAUUAUUGUAGGGCUGUGGGAUGGAUUCCACAUGUGGUCAGACUGCUAAACGGCAUGAAAUCGAAUACUGAUGGAGAGUGAGAGCAUUAUUUAACGAACUGAUACAAAGAAGGCAUUGUACGCGUACACAAUGCUGAUGCUGUCAAGGAAAGCCUUAAAAAGGCUCUCUCAAGGCCUUUGAAGUCUAAAAAUGGAGGGGGGGGGAAACCUACUACUGACUCUUUGCAAGCCCUUCCUCCUCCAAGCUUUCCACUUAACUGGGUGGGAGUUUGACUCUCGGGCAAUUACCUGCUGCUUCAAAGGAAGCCAUCUCCAGCAAACACCCUGUGAUAUUCAGCCAACAAACUCUCAACCUUUUAGGAGAAGACUUUGUAGCUAUAACUAUGUUUCCCUCCAGUAAUGCUGCAUUACAAAAUAUUUAAACUCCAGUUCUAGACAUGUUCAUGUUCAGUAAGGCAAUCUAUAUUUCAGUGGUCGACUGUGUACAGAUUAGCAGCUUAAAACGUGGUGAAAUACCGUAGUUUCCCCUUCUGUGUUUCAAAUUGCAUGUACACAUUGCUGUACACACCAGAGAGGGGGUGGGAAUGUCUUCACUUGAUAUGCAUUGCCCCUUUGGUUUCCUCAUGCCUGCAGGACUCCCCCUCCCCCGUUCCUGUUCACAAAGCUGUCAUCUUCUGUCUCAAGCGUAGCACAUCUCGACUUAACUGCAAAGUGAUUGUGGCUUAUACAGUGGUGCCUCGCAAGACGAAAUUAAUUCGUUCCGCAAGUUUUGUCGUCUUGCGAUUUUUGUUGUCUUGCGAAGCACGGUGUUGGGAAAGUUUUGGGAAAGCUUCAAAAAUCACCAAAGUCUUUAAAAACGUCAGAAAAGGCUACCACACCGCGUUCUAUGAGGUGCUCCUCGAAGUCAAGUCGCAACUGUAUUAACGGUGUUAAGAAAAAGGAAACACACUUGCAAGACGUUUCCGUCUUGCGAAGCAAGCCCAUGGGGAAAAUCGUCUUGCGAAGCAGCUCAAAAAACAAAAAACCCUUUCGUCUGGCGAGUUUUUUGUCUUGCGAGGCAUUCGUCUUGCGAGGUACCACUGUAUGUUCAAAUCAGAUGAAAGCUGGUUUGAUAGGAAAUGCAUCAAACAACACUUUCUCAAGGAACUGCAGGUUCAGUAUGAAUCGUGGCUGACCUCAUGUGAACACAACUUCAAACACCAGCAGCAGGAGAGCACUGGAGCCAAAGAGUACACAGGAAUGUGUGCAUAGCCGCAGAGCUCUUUUAAAAUUGCCAUCACUCUAACUUUACCUACAGAGGCUGCAGAAUAGCUAUAAGAAUGCCACCUUUUGAGUAGCUAAGCACAAAUUGUUGGUGCAGCCAGUAUAAAUGUCAAACAAUCACUGGUGUUUGCAGUGUGGAGUGAGGCAGUUCAGUUGCAGAAAUGUGGUGGGCUUCUUUGCAAAAUUAGUUUUCCUCCCUCAGCAAUUCAUUAGCUUGCUUCAGUCACAGAUGUUAGUAGAGCAAAUCAUGAACAUGGGGAAAAUAGCCUCUAGGGUCUGUUUCCUAUCCUUUUUACUGCAGGUAAAUUAUUUGCAUUGCAUUAUCAAUGAAUUUACAUUCAGGAUACAAUAUGUAUUAAGAAUUAAUAGUUCUCAAUCUCAAGCCACAAGAGACUUAUCACUGGCUGUGUACACAUGCUGCAGCUGAAAAUGGAUUCGAUGCGUCUCAUUUGUGCAUGUUUUUUGCAUAGUCAAGAUGAUCUUCUCAUCUUAAGUGGCAGACUGCAAUUCCCACCCCCGUGCUUUAGUUCAGAUUUUCUCAAUUGGUGGAUAAUGCUGAGGGGGGGGGGGGAGGAAAUCCCAGCCUAAAAGUGCAUGCUACCUGACUGUGGACAUUCUAAAGUGUAUUGUUUUAGUGGAUUUUUUUUUUAAAAAAUAAAAAUUAAUUUCUAUACCACUCUUCAUCCAAGGCUCAUGGAGCAGUUUGCAAUAUAAAAACAAACAUAACAUAGUAACAAAUAAAGCAUGUAAAACAUGUAAACCAUGGCUUCAUUUGUCACCUGCACCCAGCAAACACCCCCUUCCCCUAGUUUAAAAGGCCAUUGAUUGUUUCGUUAGCCAAAGGCCUGGGAGAAGAGGAAUGUUUUUGCUUUGCGCUACAUAUAUGGUGAUGUUUUGCUGGUUGCAACGACCAUCUAGUAACACACUUUCUACUUCUGUUGACGAGGUGCUCCAUGGGUUGCUGGUGGGAUUGGUCAACACACGUGAUGUUGUUUUGAACAGCUGUUUUUGUGCAAGUCGGGUAAAGUGGUACCUCAGGUUACAAACACUUUGGGUUACAGACUCCGCUAACCCGGAAGUAGUACCUUGGGUUAAGAACUUUACCUCAGGCUGAGAACAGAAAUCGCACGGUGGCAGCGGGAGGCCCCAUUAGCUAAAGUGGUACCUCAGAUUAAGAACAGACCUCCGGAACAAAUUAAGUUCGUAACCAGAGGUACCACUGUACAGUGGUACCUCGGGUUACAGAUGCUUCAGGUUACAUAUGCUUCAGGUUACAGACUCUGCUAAUCCAGAAAUAGUGCUUCAGGUUAAGAACUUUGCUUCAGGAUGAGAACAGAAAUCGUGCUCCGGCGGCACGGUGGCAGCAGGAGGCUCCAUUAGCUAAAGUGGUGCUUCAGGUUAAGAACAGUUUCAGGUUAAGAACAGACCUCCGGAACGAAUUAAGUACUUAACCUGAGGUACCACUGUAUAUCAUAAAGCUCGUAUCUCAGAAAUAAUGGGAAAGAAUGACUGCCUUCACAGGUAAACGAAUACCUGUGUGUUUGCCCACAAUGGACUUCAAGUUUCCAGAAUUCAGGAAGGGUAGGGAAAUAUAAAUUGAGGGGGAGGAAGUCACAAUGCACCCCAUCAAGCACAGCCCACUAGGAUGGCUGAGAAACAUUGAGACAGAGUUCAGUUGAAAGCUCUCAUGUGUGGACAAACAUGUACAAAAGCGCACGGGGUGAGGGGGAAUGAAACUGUGUGAUCCAUGUACACAUAUUAAACUGUCUCAUGUGUACAUAACAGUUUGAGCCACUCAUAGUCAAGUUUGGUUUCCUGAAUCUGCAAGAUAAAUGCUGGAGAUCCAACUGGGUUAAAGGAAGUAUGGAGGAAAGAUCUGAAUAUAUGGAUUGAACAGACAUCCUGGAAUGGCUUAUAUAGUAGGAAAAAUAGCAAUUUUCUCAGUAAAUCAAAUGUUAGAGACGUUUUGUGUUUCCAUGACUCACAUAUUUAUUGCUAGUCCUUGACUUAUGAUGGUUAUGUUAAUCUUGGCUGUAAUGCUGAAGAGCAAUUAGAGAAUUAAUUAGCUGGAUUUCUGUUUUUCACACUUAUAAAAUGGGCAUGUAAGGAUAAAGAUUGUGUCUUUCUUUUUGUCCAUCUGCCUUGUAAACAGAAGACAUGUUGGCACACACAGGGAAGUGGAAAUGUUUUGGAUUGUAGUUGCUGGCUGACAUUGAGCAGUGCUGCCAGCAAAUAAAAUGACUCCAAGUGGGGGACACAGUCAGUCAGAUUUAGCAACAUAGGAUCAUGGAAUAUUGGCUGAGCAAUUCACUUGAAAAAAAUUGAGGCACAGAAAGAAACCAAAGAAAAUAUAUAUUAAAAAAUAUUGUCAGGAAAGUGAUCGUGAAUCUGGCACACAUUGCCCAUUGAAGUAAUGUGAAAAUGGUCUUUUAAAACAAGCAGACCCCCCCCAAAAGGUGCUAAAUAUUUCUCUCUGGUCAUGGAAUAUUGCUGGUUCUUAAUGUUUUCAUUUCUUUUCUUCAUGUACAAACACCUCUGCUUAAGCAUUUGGUUCUGACCUGAGGCAAACCCAUGGCUCCCCAGGUGGUAGAACAUCUGCUUUGCAUACAGAAGGUCCCAUGUACAAUCCUCAGCAUUUCCAGAUAGGACUGGGAAAAGAUUCCCUGCCUGAAGCCCCGGAAAACCAGUGGCACUGCAGAGAUCAGGCUGAAAGAUCUCUAAACCUGAGAGCUGUCCUUGUGGCACAUGGAGCAAGAGAGCUAGGCUCUGCUACCAGCCAUUGUCCCUGGUCCAAGACCUCUGGUGCCUUGCAGCAUGGGUAUGGCUGGUGUAGAUGUCAUUUACUUCACAAUUAUGUUAUUUCCAUGUGGUCCAUGCACUGCCACUGACGUCCAGAUUAGCUUGCUACAUACGGUAGAUCAGAGAAUUUAGAAUAUAGCAACCUGACAGCAACUGGUAUGGGAAUUACUUACAUGACACAGAUGAUCUAUGUGGUGGGUGGUACUUCACAUUAUAGCAUGUAGGGUGCUGUUCGUGGCAGUCUCCCUGUGGGGCAAACUGACCAAGAUCCAAAGUUCUCUGAAACUAGUUCCAUGAGCUCAAGGGGGAGGGUAAGACUUCUUGUUCGUAAACAGCAUUCCCCAUGCCAAAAUGCAAGCUGCUUUCCAAACUGAGUGGACUUUCAAAAUACAGUUUUUGCAAUAUGACAUGUAGGUCAGGUAAUCCAGAGGUGAAGGAAUCCAAAAAACACAAAUAUUGGGAUAGCACAAGUCUCUUGUGUGAGCCCAAGCAUGGGAAUAUAAGAAGAGUUCUGCUGGAUCAGACCAUGUCCAGCAUUCUUUUCUAACAGUAGCAAAACAGAAGCCCGUGGGAAGCCCACUGUCAGGACAUGAAGACAAUAGCAUUUUCCUGCUUGUGAUUUCUAGCAACUGGUGUUCAGAGCAGCUCUUUGUACCCAAACCAUAAUAUACAGGGCUGGUUGCCCACGACUUAACUCUCAUCCAUGCUAUUGCUAUGGGAAAGAAGGAUAGUACACUGUCACCUGCUCUCGGGCAAGCGGACACAUCGGUGCCAGCCAUAAUAAAGUAUAUGGGUGUAAAAGUCGAGUUUGGAGAACCACAUUAUGGCCAUCAAUUGAAGUGAAGAGUUAGGGAGUAACAGCAAGCUCACACACUGAAUUCACAUGUAGAAAGCAGCCGUACAUCCUGUCAAAGGUUUUGUCCAUGUAGCCCAGUGUGGAAUGACUGGGAGUGGCAUGGUUCUCUGCCCUUGAGGGUAAAGCAACCCCCCCUUUAAACAAGGAGUAUCAGUGACAAGGCAGAGCCCACCAGCUGAUAUCCAAAGAUCCUUGUAGUCUGUCAUUCCAGUGAUAUAAUAGCUACUUGUAAACUUGGCCUUUGAAUGCUUUAUUAUUGCAGUGUUGCCAUUUCAGAAGGACACAUGAGACGAUUUUAAUUGCAGAUUAUUUAAAGGGCGCAUAUGCUGAAAGAGAGAGUGGUCUCCAGGGGAACAUCAACACAGAUUACUGUCUAAUUAGGCCAAAGAAAACACUUAAAAAAAACAACCUGACCUUUGCAUGAUUCUAGAUAUUAAAGAGAUUCUCAAAAACAUAUAACUGUCUCAUGGAAGAGAACAUCUUCCAUGAAAAGAAACAUCUUCCGUGCAAGAAAAGUUUGCAUGUUGGAUAAUUAAUAUUUUUCUACAGCUGUUAUAGCACUGCUUAAAACACAGAUAGAAAUAAUAAAGAUGACUAAAAAUGCAUUGAUGUAUAAUCAGGGUAUAAUCAGGUGCUUGAUGAAAAGUACCUUAAAAUUUUUAAAAUGGUGGGCACCUCUGAACACAUACUGUAUUUUUCGCUCUAUAAGACGCACCAGACCACAAGACGCACCUAGUUUUUGGAGGAGGAAAACAAGAAAAAAAAUAUUAUGAAUUACAGAAGCCAGAACAGCAAGAGGGAUCGCUGUGCAGUGAAAGCAGUGAUCCCUCUUGCUGUUCUGGCUUCUGGGAUAGCUGCGCAGCCUGCAUUCGCUCCAUAAGACGCACACACAUUUCCCCUUACUUUUUAGGAGGGAAAAAGUGAGUCUUAUAGAGCAAAAAAUACGAUAAUUCUGUUUCUCUUCAUUCUUCUUUGAUCUCACAUUCUUAGGCCCAAUUUGUUCACUCUACUUUUUUUAGUCUUGUUGGAAUGCACCAUGUGAUUUUGUCAAUGAUGUCAUAAGGCCACAUUUUAUGAGAUGAUGUCUCUUACGUGAGGCACCAGAGACAACCAGCAUCAGUAGGAAUCUGGACCAUUAUUGAGUCAAGGGAUUGUGAGAGCAGAGAAUAAGGGAAAUGGUGCUACUUUGAAUACGGUCCAAUAUGUAUAAAUGAGUCAAGCCUUAUGCUAUACUAUAUUUCUGCUGCACAAUUUUAUAAGAUACAUAAGUAUUUUUAUACAGCUAUAUGCAUCUGUUUACAUGUUGGUUACUUUAGGUAACUUGGAUUGUAUAAAAAGUGUAUGAUAUGCUAGACUUACUCAUAUUGUUAGCAGGAUUUUUAUUAUUAUUUUUAGUGGUUAGGUAGGGGGAAUUAACUUCUUUUCAAAAUCGAGGAAUAGGAUGGGAGUUAGAAAAAAUCCAUGCAGAGAAACUUGACACUGAGAUUUUCAAAACAUUCCAUCCCUAUCUUGUGGUUACUGAGGUUCUUCGUGAGGAAGAGAAAGGAUUAAAAACAAAUAAGGAAAUGCAAUUUUUAUAAUAGCUGAAAUACCAGCUCUGUUCUGCUGUGACACCACUCUGUGCAUCAGAUGUUAAGUGACACACAGGCUCCUUAAAAAUGUAACAUCUGUACUAGCUGUCAGAUAUUCUGCAAAGCUGUGCACUCUCUUAGAUGAAGACAACUGUAGUAUUAAACAUCUUCUGUUGUGGGGUUUAUUUUAUAUUCCCAUGGAGCAAUCCAGUAAACAUUAUGCCAUGCUAGAAAGAAUGUGGUACUUAAACGCUGUGCAGUGCACCACAUUGCAUUUAUUUCCAUAUGAUUUUAUGCCUAAUUGUUUGUGAAUUACACUUUCUUACAAAAUAUAGAGGACUUCCCAUAGAUGUACAUGUACGGUAAUUCUCAGACUUUGUCUUCUGUUUAAAAAGGUCUGCUUUACAUCUGUAUUACAGCCAUUGUAUGCAGGGAAUCAUUUGUAAAAAACACAAACAAACAAACAAACACAAAGCACUGUAGGUGUGUUAUGUAUUUAGCAGUAAUUUUUUAAGACUGCAGUUAACAGUUAACAUUUAGGUAUGUACUGGAUAAAAAAGAGGAAAUGUAAAACUAUAGACAUCACAAGCUUUUGUGGUGGUGGUGUUUUUAAAAUCAUGUUUUAGCUUCUCAAGUUGUGCUUCAUCUAUAUGCUGCUGGUCCUGAUAUGAGAAAUGACAUCUGUGGAUAAGAAUUUUGUGCUUUAGAAAUCUGUGUCCUAAUUGGAUCCGUUCAUUAACUUUGAAAGGAAUUUGUGUCAGCCAUUGGACAAGAAAUCUAAUUGUGUUUAAAUCUAUGCCCUACCAUAUUCUUGUUACUGUCAAGAUCAGAGGUCCAAAAAAUCUUGACUUGUGGAGGUUUUAGACUGUCAUUAAUUUUUGGUGGGAUUCAAUCAUAUCUCAGCAAAUUAAGACUGUACAAUUAAAGCUGAUGUGGAGCCCUUGUGAAAUAAAGCUUGGACUUUUUGUGACAAGGAAAGUGAACAGAAAAUGCACUGAAAAGUGUGGGAUAAUAAACGCUUUGAUGAGUGCUCUUUAAACGGCCUUCAGCAUCUAACCUCUUUGCAAACAAAUAAGGCUGAAUGCUCAUUAAACAUGUCAUCUAGAAGCAACUUUGAAUUUAGAUAAUAGUUUUUCUUUUUUCUUUUUCAGACACACAUGCACCCCCUCCUCCACACCCAAACCCAGUGUUCCUGGCCUGACAAGUUGGCUGGUAACACUUCCUCCUCCUGAGAUUGGCUUCCUGUCUAGGACCCAUUUGUCUCAAAUGUCUAUGGAACCAUCAGAUUAUUUUCCAUAGCUGGUACCACCAUCUCCAAUUUGCUUUGCCAAUGUUUACAAGCACCUGGCAGUUAUAUUUGGAUUAACUGACGUUCCCAUUUAUCAUGUAGAGUUUAAAUUGACUCCUAUUUUGUCUUGAGGCUGUUGUGAUUUAAUUUUCUAUCAAUAAUAUACUUGGCCCAUAAUAUCUCUGGGAUGAAUGGACUGGCACAUACCUCUGUGCUGCUAAAGCAGCCUCUUGUGCCAGGUUAGCAGAGCAGAGCAGAGGACAUAAAAGUAUAAUACUGCAAUUGCACUGAUGUACAUUCAAACAUGUUGAGAGACAGCAUACUUUUAUCCUACUUUUUAAUUCCCCUGCUUCUGCUUUUACAUGGUGCUACCAGUGGUCUUCCAUUCAAGGGGCUGAUCAGGUCCACAGCUGGUUAGCUUUAGCAAUGCUGCAGCAUUAGUUGCUCUUGGACAAUUCACUGCUCCCCAUAAUUUCUUAUUCCUUUUUAAAAUGUCAGAUUGAUCUGCCAUGAGCCAAGCCGUUCUGUUGUGAUAAGCAUAGUGAAAUCCCUCUCUGUACAAGGCUCAGCUUGUAUUUGUUGGUUGAUGGUGAACAACAGGUGAUUCUUUACAUAAAAUACUUUACAAGUAUUUCUUUACAUAAAAAUGGUAAAAUGGCCCUAAAGCUUGGGGGCAUGAGAUAAAAGGAAUGAUUUGGGCCCUUUGGAUUUUGACUGAGGGAAAAUAAGCUUAAAGUAACUACAUUAGAUCUGCCACGAUAAAAAAUUCUUCUCAGAAAGGUGGCAAGUAUUUUAUUUUUAAAAAAUAAAGACACAAGUUCAGUUUGUUGCAGCAGAUGUUUUCCCCACCUGCUGCAAGCUAUAUGUAAAAAUACAUUUAAAAUGUAGGUUUGGAUAUACUAAAGUUCACUUUCUUUUGUGUGGUACAUGCACUGCCUGCCACAAAGACACUUCUGAAUUAACUGGACUCAGGUCUGCAUAUGUCCUUGGCUUCUGCCUGGGAAUGUGUUGUCAAUUCUCAUUCUCAUCUCUGUCUUCUGACCUGUCAGAAUUCCAGCCUUCAAGUUCCUUCAAAUGCUGUCUGGCUGCUGGAAAGUUUUGAAUGGUUUUGGAAAACUUCAUGCUUCUCCCUCCCAAUGGGUCCAGGCAAUUCAACACUGCUGCCUAGAAAUGAGAUAGCAGUGACAGAUGCUGCAAGUUGGUAUUUCAGCUUCAGUUUUGAAGGGCAUGCAAGCUCAUUCAUUGACCAGUAAUGGAAAGUUAAGAGAGUGCAAAAGAACAGUUUAAGUGAUGGAAAAACCGAAGUCGGCUUUCUGGCUGUCAACUGCAAAAAAUUUCUAAAAUGUUCUUUUCAUCAUUCCUCUACAAGGGAACGAGGGAGAAUUCUACCCUCAAUGAACAAAAAGCUUCGUGUAGUGUUUUUGGCUCCCAGCAAGACAGUGUUUAUUUAAGCUGCAAAAAUAUGACUCACGCUAUCCAUUCAUGGCUGUUGAUCUGGUCUGACUCUCAUCCCCCUUUUGUCUUUGAACUUUGCCCUUUCCCUCUCAUUACAUUCCACCCCGCUCCCUGCAAUGUGUCUACCAUCCAUCCUUGCAAAGGAUCCUUUUCUGGUAGUCCUAAGGAUAUGACCUCCAUGAAGUCCGUUGUAGAUGAAUUCAGAGCCUGGCACCCAUUUUGCUUUUGUUUCUGUUAGUGUUCUUGAAUGGUACAAGGCGUUUCUAUUACAGACUCUGAGGUUUUUUAUGAUAGAAACAGGGUUACCAAUGUGGUACAGUGGUACCUCAAGUCAAGAACUUCUGGAGGUCCGUUCUUAACCUGAAACUGUUCUUAACCUGAGGUACCACUUUAGCUAAUGGGGCCACCGCACUGCCAUUGCACAAUUUCUGCUCUCAUCCUGAAGCAAAGUUCUUAACCUGAAGUAAUAAUUUUGGGUUAGUGGAGUCUGUAACCUGAAGCGUCUGUAACCUGAAGUGUCUGUAACCCGAAGCACCACUGUACUCAUGGGUGGAAUGGCAUGGGCACUCACAAAGCCUUCGAACUCCCACGCUCACUGCCCCUUUGGUCACGAGGAGGUUACCUUUUCUCUCUCUUGAAAAGCACAUAGUGUCACUCUUCCCAUUUCAUCUUUAAACACAGUUUCCAAUUUUCUCUUUAAGCUCUAUGUGCUUUCCAAGGCCCAGAUCAAUUCUACUGGAUCCAACUUUUACUCACCUCCCUUGGAAAAGCAAAAUAGGUGUACAGGUGCCUUCUCUUUUUCUGUUUCUGCUGGGGGAGGGGGAGAGGAGGUGAUCCAGUGGAGGGGAGGGGGGAAGUGAUGAGAGGGGCUGGCCUAAAAAGGUUGGAGACCUCUGCCCUAUCAAAUCCCCAAUUGCACUCUUGUUCAGGGACUGUGUUUUAGUUUCCAACCUCCUAGAAUUCCUGAUGGGUACCUCCCUUCCCAUUAUUUUUACAUAUAUUUAUUUUCUCCUUUUCUGUGCAAUAGAGGAAAAACACAGGUUUCCUAAUCCAUGGUCUCUAACGCCAACUCUGCUCCUCCUGCUUGAGUUCGCUCUUCUUAAUGAUAAAUAUCAGGAGCCGGACACUGGCUUUGUCAGAAAAGUGUUGAAUGGUUUCUUUAAAUGUAAAGGUUCAUCAUUGUUCCACCCGAUGUGUAUGCCUUUAAGGGGCCAGAGCAAGGGCCAGAGCAAAAUAACGAGACCCAGCUUUACAGCUGUGAAACAUAGCAGGUGUUGCUGAGUUGUAUUGAUUAAGCUGUGUCAGCAAUUGGGUGUAGUAUAUAAGGAGCAGCACCUAGCUUUCCCAUUACCCUGGGGGAUGGGUUGGUGUUUGGGUCUGGUUUGUUGUUGAUGUAUUUAGUGUUUAAGGAGUUUUUGUUAUUAAAACCUUGUUUAAGUUAUUUUUGAGUCCCUUUUUAAUGCAUGGUCUCCCCAGCAAGCUCUCUGCAGCGCUACUAAACUGCAAAUAGCCAACAAUAGCACAUCCCAAUAGCACAGUGUUAAUACCUAGGAUCCAAAUCUGAACAUGCCCGUGUACAAAUUAAUGAAUGAAAUAACUCCUCAUCAGAACUAGGCCUGGGCGAUGUAUUGAUUCAUCUCCCAGGACUGGUUUGAGGGCCAGAGCAUGAUGGCACUUUCACCAGGCGGUAUACGGUGAGUGGGGCUUGCCUGACUCCCUCCGCCGCCAGCACCUGGCACAUGGAGGGAGGAACAAGCUGCACCAGCCCUGGCCCCAUGAGGUGCCAGGGUGAAACCACCACCACUCCCGCUUUUCAACAUCCUGAUAUGUCACUACAUCACAAUGUUUGGCUGGUGAUACAUUGCCCUAUUCAGCACCUCUUCUAACGAAAAUCCCUGUGGGACUCAACGUAGUGAUACUUGCCAUCAGAAGCUGGCUCUCACUUUGUUUGCUUUUUCUGUGGUUGGCAUUAGGUGUAUCAUAGAGAACAGGAGAGAGGAAGCAUAACUUCCUACUUCAGACUUCAUACAUUCCCCCACUUCCCCAGUCUCUGAAUAUCAAAUGAAACUACCAUUCACAUCAUAGCCACAGCAUAUCAACAGCAUGGAAGAAUCCUUUUUAAUUCCAGCAUCCCCAGUAGGGCAAUACAAAGGCAAACCAAAAUCCUAUUUCUCCAGGCAAAUGGUAAACCAAACAAGGAAGGGAUGGGGGAAGGAAAGAAAGAAAGCUGACUGAUGUUGCAGCCAUGGAGUCUGCAUUUAACCGUAGUCUUCCUAUGGAAGGUGGGAAGAAGUAGCAGAUGUUCAAAUGAGGCUGUGCUAGUGGUUAUGCAGGUUUCAGCUUGUCCCUCAGCCAAGUCAAUGGAGUCUGAUUUCUCUUCCUUCUGAAGCCAGAUGAAAGUACCUCAAUAAAGAAAUUGGAACUGUGUUGUUCUACUUCAGUUGCUAUUGAACUCUGACGCCCAUCAGGCCCCAGCCUACAUGGUCAAAGGGUGGGAGUUGUACUCCAACAAUAUGGCCUGGCCACUGAUGCGCCACCCCUGCUUUAAAAGAGCAUUAUUUUUUAUGUAUUUCUGAGAGGAAAAGGGUGGCCAUAUGCAUUUUUGACAUGAUGACAGAGAUUCCACCAAGGGAAUGGGUUUCUGGAGGGUGCGAAGGAAUGCAAUUGCCUUUGUUAAUGCAAGCACAUUUCCUCAAGUUCUUUCCUGUCCUAUUUUAUGUGUGAAAAGUUAUAUGCUAGGCUGACAGGAUCUCCAAGGUUUUGAGCUGACAGGUUUCACAGAUUCCAAAAAGUACGAACAGUGCUGACACUAGCUUUCCCUAGAGAUGAAAUCAAGAGCAUGCCAUGCUGUGGGCAACAACAUUGCCUCUUUCAGGACACCACAAAAUGGUCUCGACGGGGGGGGGUGGUGGAAUAACUUUUCUCUACAGGUGCAGAAUAGCUUCUUGAAUUAUAAGGUUAGAUUCACAAAAUCAGAGGACUGAUUUGGGGAGCCCUGUUUGACUCCCCUUUGCAGCUUUUCUUAUGAUCUUGGUCUUUCUUUCUGACUUCCUCUAAGUCUAGAUAGGCUGCAUCCAUUGUUCCACAUGGCUGGCAGGAACAGACAAGCUUGUGUUUUUAUAAAUUUUUAUUCUUACCUCAUAAAGCCAGCCACAAAAAAAGAAAUCCGUAAAUGGGAUCCAGUGUGGAUGCGGGAAAUUAUAGGACAGUUAACUGAAUGUCUAUUCUGCAAAAACUGGUGCCUGCCAUCACGGGAAGCGGUGGCGGCAGCAGGCAAGGGAAAAAGAGACAGCGGUACGGCAUACCGCCUAAAAAAAAGCACUGGGUGGAAGUAUUGUUAAAUAUAAAAUAUAUAUUGACAUAGUAUAAUUAGACUUUCAAUGCAUUCUGCUCUAGAUCAAGAAAUGUCUUUUCUUGAAAAUAUGUUUAUUCUUGACUAUGCUAAUAUUCUUUUUGUCUCUCCUUGGUAUUCCAGACAAUCCGCUGGCACAUAAAUUUGCAACCCUGGGCAAGUCCUACAGCGUCCCUGAAUAACGAAGCCCGCAGGCUCUUAAAAUACAUCAGCACUGCACAGGUUGGUUUUCAUCUUGACAGUCAUUUAGGAAAUCACAGUUUAUAUAGAUUUGUUCUCAGAAAAAAAAAUCUGUGGCAUAAUCAUACGGCAAGUAGCAUAAUGGGUAAGGUAUGACCAUUCAUUUUGUGAUUUUACCAUUUAACAGGCACUGCUUCAGAUAAAAAUAGUAGUCAAAACCAAAGCUCUAAAGAGGGGUUCUGAUUCACAAAAUCCAUCAUUACCCUGAAAACUAGGAAGCUUUGACGGGGACUUUAUUGUUUGUGCAUUUUAUGGCACACCGUCUCUAAAACAUUGAAGCACUUCCGAGUAUUUAUUUAUUUUAUUAAAUAUACUUCUAUUCCACCAUUCCAUCUAUCGAGCUCUAGAAUAUGUAGCUUCACAAUAACUCUGUGAAGUAGAUUAGGCUAGUGACUGGACUAAGUUCACCCAAUGAGUUUCAUGGAUGAUUCUUUCCCAUUCUGAGGCCAACAUGUAUCCACUCCCCAGGGUCCAAACUAUUGGUUUUCAAGAAGAGAGCUGUGGGUGGUAUCCAACAUGGUUCAGGUAAACUUCAACUCUCCCCUGAAUACCCCUGCACACCCCCAAAAUCUGUCCUGAAAGCUUGACCCUUUGGAGCAGAUUAUGGAGGUGCAGGAGGGUUUCAGGGGGUAGAUGAAGGAAGUCCUUUUGCACAAGUGGAAAUUUAGUGAGGAUUUGGGUGGACAUCAUUGUAUGCCUGAAUAGGGUCCCUUCGAAUUAAAAGUUGGAUGUACCACUGCUCUAUCCAGGUAACCAGCAUUGUGCUAUAUGACAGCAAAUCCCCUUGGUGGGGGAAAAUGUGUUCUUGGAUCUCAGAUGUUUAGUACAAUCUCCUGGAUUGCAUCCCAUUUCAUACAAAUUUCAGAACAAAUGAAGACCUUCUCACAGAUGGCAGCUGUAGACCCCUCCUAACCUCUUGUUAUAUGACUCUGGUUAAUCUUCGUCUUUAUGAAAUUCUGUUCAUUUGGUAUAGCUCUUCCACAAUAACUUAAGCAAAGGAUCUAAACCAUAAGGGUGUUGGGUUUUUUUGCUCUCAAAGACUAUAGCCCAAAGGUAAAGUUCAAAAAAAAUGUACUGGUUUCGUUUUCUUUUUUUAACAAAACUGAUUCUGUUUCAUCUUGUUUAUGGGCGGAUAAAUACACCCAUUUUAACAAACAAACAAAAAUACUUUCCAGGUAGUCUGUGGACUGCCUCUUUCUUCCUUAACAUUUUAAGCUCUUUACAGCAGCUCCAUGAGGCAAAAAAUAUAUAUUUUAAGUUGCUCCCAGGAAAUGACCAUACAUCAAAAUGUGCAGUCCCUUCUUGGGGAAUUGAAUGAAGAAAAAGAUGGGAACUCCCAUAGGUACAUGGGGCAGCCAUCCCUUUCUCCAUACAAUUCCCCACUGAACAAUAUGAUGUAUUUGAACAAUGUUUCAACAGAGAAUUUUUACUGCAUGGAGUUGCUCUAAACAGCUUAAAACAUUUAAAGGAAGAAAGAGGCAGCCCUCGACUGUCUUGUAAGUGCAGGACCCAUGUGUGGGUUAGUUUGUUGAUUAUGCAACUUAAUCUGCAGAACUACAUUCUGAUAUGUGCACAGGACCUGGGGUGGAGGGCGAAAGGUUCACCACCAAAUGCGGAGUGAAUCCUCCCUAAAGCUAGCAUCAGUUGUCAAUAUUAGUUCCAGAUCAGCGUUCAAAACGCCCAUUGUUCCAGGUGCGUUUUGCGACAAGGAAUUUCAUUAGCAUGAGCAGUUUCUGAGCUCUGGGCGCAGUGCUGCACCUAAGAUUUCAUUUUUUUUAUAUAUAAGAUAUUUAUUAAGGUUUUUUGAAAUAUUACAGUGAAAAUGAAAAAGAAAAAAGAAAAAUACAAAAUAAAAACAGUUAAAAACACACAUAUUUUCUGUUACUUAUUUUCCUUUAGCUUGUUUCCCGGACCUCCUCGUACCUCCCUUUUUUGUAUUCCACUUCAAUUUAUUGGUUCAGCAAAUCCUUACCAUUAAAUUUUAACCCAUUUAUAACCCUUUUUUCAUAUUCACUUAGAGCAUUACAGCUGGAAACCACUUAAUUACUAUCCAACAUCAUUCUAUUAUUCAUUAAUUUUACAAUAUUUCUGUAAAUAGUCUUUAAAUUUCUUCCAAUCUUCUUCCACUGACUCUUCUCCCUGGUCUCGGAUUCUGCCAGUCAUUUCUGCCAAUUCCAUAUAGUCCAUCACCUUCAUCUGCUAUUCUUCCAAAGUGGGUAGAUCUUGUGUCUUCCAAUACUUUGCAGUGAAUAUUCUUUCUGCUGUUGUAGCAUACAUUAAAAAAGUUCUGUCCUUCUUUGGCACCAAUUGGCCGACAAUGCCCAGAAGAAAGGCCUCUGGUUUCUUCAAGAAGGUAUAUUUAAAUACCUUUUUCAGUUCAUUAUAUAUCAUUUCCCAGAAAGCCUUAAUCCUUGGGCACGUCCACCAAAGGUGAAAAAAUGUACCUUCAGUUUCUUUAUAUUUCCAGCAUUUACUGUCGGGCAAAUGAUAGAUUUUUGCAAGCUUGACUGGGGUCAUGUACCACCUGUAUAUCAUUUUCAUAAUAUUCUCUCUUAGGGCAUUACAUGCCGUAAACUUCAUACCUGUGGUCCAUAACUGUUCCCAGUCAGCAAACAUAAUAUUAUGUCCAACGUCUUGUGCCCAUUUAAUCAUAGCAGAUUUCACCGUUUCAUCCUGAGUAUUCCAUUUCAACAGCAAGUUAUACAUUCUUGACAAAUUCUUAGUUUUGGGUUCUAACAGUACUGUUUCUAGUUUUGAUUUUUCCACCUGGAAGCCAAUUUUCUUAUCCAAAUUAUAUGCCUCCAUUAUCUGAUAAUAAUGAAGCCAGUCUCUCACUUUGUUUUUUAAUUUCUCGAAACUCUGCAAUUUCAAUUUAUCUGCUUCUUGUUCCAAAAUUUCCCAAUAUUUCGGCCAUUUGGCCUCCAUAUUGAGCCUUUUCAGAGCUUUCGCUUCCAUCGGUGACAAUCACCUUGGAGUUUUAUUUUCCAAUAAAUCCUUGUAUCUUAUCCAAACAUUAAACAGUGCUUUCCUGACAAUAUGAUUUUUAAAUACUUUAUGUGCUUUGACCUUAUCAUACCAUAAAUAUGCAUGCCAUCCAAAUACGUUGUUAAAACCUUCUAAAUCCAAAAUGUCUGUAUUUUCAAGAAGUAGCCAUUCUUUCAACCAGCAAAAAGCUGCUGAUUCAUAAUAAAGUUUAAAGUCUGGCAGGGCAAAUCCACCUCUUUCCUUUGCAUCAGUUAAUAUCUUAAAUUUUAUUCUGGGCUUCUUGCCCUGCCAGACAAAUCUAGAAAUAUCUCUCUGCCGCUUCUUGAAACAGUCCAUCUUGUCCACAAUUUGCAAUGUCUGAAACAAAAACAAAAUUCUAGGCAAUACAUUCAUUUUUAUCACAGCAAUACGACCCAACAGUGAAAGCGUCAAUUUUGACCAGAUUUCUAAAUCUUUUUCACUUCCGUCCAACAUUUUUCAUAAUUAUCUUUAAAUAAGUUCCCAUUUUUGGCUGUCAUAUUAAUCCCCAGGUAUUUCACUUUCUUAACCACAGUCAGACCUGUCUCAUUCUGAAACCUCUCUCUUUCAAUCGGUGUUAAAUUUUUCUCUAAAACCUUAGUUUUUAGCUUGUUCAGUUUAAAUCCUGCCACUUGACCAAAUUCUUGAAUUAAUUCUAAAACCCUUUUAGUACUAGAUUCUGGCUCCUGUAACGUCAAUACUAAGUCAUCUGCAAAUGCUCUCAGUUUGUACUGUUUGGCUCCGACCUGUAUACCUUUAACCAACCGGUCCCUUCUAAUCAUAUUCAGCAGAACCUCCAGGACCGAUAUAUAAAAAGCAGUGGGGAGAUUGGGCACCCCUGUCGUGUCCCUUUUUCUAUCUUAAAUUCUUCCGUCACCACAUUAUUUACAAUUAAUUUAGCCUUUUGUUCAGAGUAUAUUGCACCUAUACCAUUUUCAAAACCUUGGCCUACCCCCAUCCCCUGUAGGUUCUUCCUAAGAUUUCAGAUUAAAACUGCAGAGUGGAAGCAAAGGAGGACCUUUUUCUGCCUCCCCACUUCCAGCUACUCUCUGAAGACUGGAGAAGAGACCCUCUUAAGAAUAUUAGGGGGGUGGUUAGGGGAAGCAUAGCUUUAUUUUUUGCAGUCUUCAGAUGAAGACUAGACCAUGUGAAAAACGAACAUAAUAUUUUAGCUGCAGUUCAUUCAUUUCCAGCUUUGUAUUCUUGUUAUUUAAAAAAGUGCCCAUAACCUAGGUUUAAGGUGCCAUUUAACUCCUAGCUUUCAUAUCUCAGUUUCUAACACUGUUCCAGAUUCCUGUUAAAAGAGAGAAUAUGUUCUGACUUUAUUUAACUCUCCUUCGCUGAAGAGGAAUAGUGAAGGGUAUUUACCACUCCAGCAAGGUGAAUGUUUCAGGUCAGCUUCGCAGAUUGCAAUUUUCAUUAACAGAAGUGCUCAUGCAAAUCACUUCUGUGAGCAGAGCAGAACCACAGUGUGAGAAGAUAUUUCAGUAUCUGCAGUAACACAUGAGUCAAAAGCACGUAGAAUUGUGCAUGAACCUUUCAUUAUUACAGUUUGACAUUGUGAUCCUGUGCAAGUUUACAUAGCAGUUAGCCUCACUGAGUUCAGUGGGACUCCCUUCCAAGUGUACCUCUGCCUCUGUCACCCAAAUGACUUGUGGGACUACAAAAUGGAAGUGUGCAUCUAAUGUGCAUCUGAAUGGUAGUCUGAAAGCCAUUUUCCUAACUCCUUUUUUUUUUUAGUACUAUUGCUUUGUGUCUAGGAAGAGCAAUGAAUGUUGUAUGAUGGAUGUACAUUCCCUUGAGAAAACAUUUCCCCAUGAAAUGCUCCCAAGCAUGAAGACAAUGACUUUGUCCUAGGCAUGUGCCACUCAACCUGUCAAAGGACAGCUUUGUUUUUUAAAUGAAUGCUUACCAACUGGUGUGCACUUCAUGGUGAGAAAUCUCUGAAACUGCAACAUUCAUGUCGUUUAUGCUGCAUUGUACCCUGACUCUUUUCUGCAGUGCCCUUUUUCUGUGGUUUGACUGGGCAUUGCUUUUAUGCCUUUAUGGAACUAUUUGCCCUGUGCUGAGGUUCUAAGCUACAGAAUCCUUACAGCAGAGACCUGGCUUACCUGAGGAUCCUUUCAGUAGUCAAGGCCUUGAAUACCUGAAGUGACGGGUGAUACCAAACCGUUCCAUAUUAUCUUUACUCUGGUUUUUUUUGGGGGGGGGUGAGAUAUUAAAUACUUGUAUAAUACUUUGUUUCCUGCAUUUGUUGGCUAUGUAGGAAAACCUUCCUGUUAGGAAAAGUAUGCAAUGGUGAUAGAACUGCCAUUGCCACCUUGGGGACUGAGGAUAAACCUGAGUCGGAAAGAGACCAUUUCCCUCCACUCAUAACCUGAAAAGUGCAGACUUCUUCCACCACUGGUAUUGUUCUCCACGCCAGGAAAAAAAACCCACACACAUAAAAAGUGGCACCCAGAUGAAACAAAACAGAAACACAUCCUGCAUUUGAAAAUCAAAUAACUGCAUUUGAAAGGAGAGCAAUGAAACAACACCUGUGAGGUCUGAAGGUGUGGAAAUGCAACCUAGCUUUUGACUAGAGCGACGGAGUGAAGUAGCUUCACUGUGCAGCAAGCCAGCCCUUUACCGCAUUCAAGGAUGUAAUAAAAUGUGGCAGAGUCUGCUAGGCUUCACUAGCUGGGUCAAAACCUACAAGCGCAUCAAUUUGUAGAGAAUUUAUAGUUGCUGGCAUAGCAAUCAGGACUUUUAAGUUUGGAGAAUGAAUGCCUCAACUCCUCCAGGCAGGCAUAAAUUAAAAUGGAGAAGGAAGAGGAAUCCGCAUUCUCUUUUUGCCAGAUGCUUCAGAAUUCCCACCUAACAAUGAACGUUAGGCGUUCUGCAGUUUUAUUUCAUGGUUUCAGCAAGCUAUCUUUUCUCUCUUACUAUCAUUCUGGUGGGCUCUUUUAAUGCCUUUAUUCAUGACUGCUUUUAGUGAGGGUGUAAUAUGAGUAUGGGGCUCUUACAUAACCACUAAGCCCCUCCACUGGAUCCAGAUCUCCCUCUGCGAAGACUCUGGCUCCCUCCUGGGCUCAGUCAUGUUUUUGGGGUCCCAAUUCCUAUAGCUCUGAUUCCCUGAGCUCCUCCCAUUCCGCCUCAGAAUCUGACCAACACCUCCAUGGGACUCAUGACAUCUACAUUACCAUUUCAACUGCUUGCUAUGAUCAGGGACCAGUUCGCUCGUCGUGCUGGUGAACAUUGCUGGGAGAUCAAGGAAAGUAGAGGAAUUCUUGUUCUUACCAGAGAUUAGGAGGCAGUGCUGGAGAAAGGGGCACUUCUGUCAGCCUCAUGCAAGCAUAUAGUUGUUAGCAUCUCUUGCUUAUAUCAGCAACCCAAUGGGGUUUGAGGCAAGGCUAACUAGUUAGCAAUCACAUGCUUUCAUGGUGCUGGCUGUGGCACCCCCUGCCUCCUCCCCAGCACCCAAUAAUUUCUCAUAAAGAUUGAAAUUGCCCUGCUAAAAUACCCACCAGUUCCUUCAUCAGUGACCCCUGCUAGCAAUGUUAAUAGAACUCUUAUUAAUUUUACUUCAGUUUAAUGUGUUGCACAGUUAAGCAGUCUCCCACUCCCAUAUUUAAAACAAGUGCUUACUACAUUUAUGGAAGGGUAGAGGAAGGAAAGUCAGAUCCUUACAAUAAAAAUCAUAAAAAUCUUGUGGGAAUGAAGAACGGAGGAGUGAGAAAUAACCACAGUAGCAUCCAGCCCUUCCAGUGUUAAUUCUCCCAGUAUAACACAUUCAUAAAGUUUAAUAUUCGUUAAUCAUGUUUGUUCAGUUUGCUCAUUAGGAAGGAUUAGUUAGCAUCUGCUUUAGUCAAGGCGGACUCCUGAUUUUCAUUUUUGCUUCUUUAAUUCAACUUCCAUUUGCAUGGGUAGGAUUUUUAUAGAUUUUUUUUCCAGUCUUGGAAAGUCUGAUGGGAUUUUCGUAUAAGCAAGACGGUGCGUGUUCUGUGUCAGGAUGAAUGGAUCAGUCUCUUUCCUGCCUGUGAUCAUGCCAUCCCAUUUCUGUGCUAAUCUGUAACUUUAAAGAGAAAAUAAUAUGAAAAUUUGCAUUUAAAUAUAUAUUUAAAAAUUUAAUAUGUUUUAAUCUCAUUUGUAAACAUUUUUUAUCCUAAAACAUGCUUUUUUAGGAUACAUUUUUUGAGUCAAGGACUGCAUACACACCAUACAUUUAAAGCAUAUUUCCUGCACUCAAAGGAAUCCUAGGAACUCUAGUUUACCCCUCAUAGAGUUCCAGUUACCAGCACCCUUAACAAACUACAUACAGUUCCCGAUGCUUUGGGCAACCAAGCAGUUUGUUAUGGUAGCAGGCCAAGAAAAUUGAGUGCAAAGAUAAAAGAUACUGUACAUUACAGCAGUUAAAGACAAGUACAUAUAAAUAUAUUUUUAUCUCAGGAAGCCAGCAAUAUCCACCCCUCAGCCUGCAUCAAUAUCAGAUAAAAAGCCCUGGUAACCUUCUCUGUGCUACAGGAGGGCACAGUUGUGUGGGAAGUAAUGUGGUUUAAAUGUAUGGUGUAUACGCAGCCAAGAAUAAUAACACAAAAGUCAGAGGGGUACGAAAUCCAAAAGACAACUCGGUUUCAAACUGCACAGUUGUCCAGGAUUGUAUCAAUUAGCAUUGGAAUCAAAUUCUUCAAGAACCUUCAUAGUUCUAUGUGUCUUAGAUAUUACUCUGUAAACAUGGAAAUGUGUCCCCUCCCGUUAGAAAAUUUCUAGUUCUUAGAGAGUGGUUUGAGAGAGGCCUUUCUAUCUCAGUGUUGCUUCCAGUCACUGAUCAAACAGGCUUUGUAGAUUUUAAUAGAAUGCAAAAUCCCACAAAUCCUGUUUGCUGAAUAGGUUUUGCAGGUUUUUGUAAUAUAUUAAGAAGUGGUGAAAGUGGAACUAUCACUCUUUCAAACUUCUUCUAUUUCUUUGCAGAAACGGCCUCUAGCAUCCUGGCUUGUGAAAUCUCAAAGCCAGCCAGGAGCGGCUGAGCAGGACUUUUAUUUAUUGGGGUGUUAUAAUUCUGUCCCCUGAAUGAGCUUCCUGUUUCUCGUCAGGAACAGCCUAGGCACUCCAAACAGAAAUAUAUAAAUUAAAUGAAAACGGGAUAUAAAUACAUUGAAAUAAAUAAAAUAAGUGAAAACCGUUAUGGUAGGAAAUCAAAUGUGUGUGUGUGUGUGUGUGUGUGUGUGUGUGUGUGUGUGUGUAGAAUUUAUUCAGAUUGCUGAAUCUGGAGUAUUAUGUUACAGAGCUUGGAUCUUUGGACUACAGAGUAUGAGCAACCUUGCCUUGUGGAACCUUGUGGAAUUCUGAGUCAAGAUUUCUUUUGCUUCAUAUGUGCAUAGCAGGGCAAUUGUUAGUUUGACUCCUUCUGUAUCAAAUAAUCCUGUUGUGAGUUCUAGACAGGAUUAUUACAGUGCAUUCUUACUUUAUAUAGAAUAUGUUCAGCAAAGAGCUGAACAUAUAAUUAAUUCUCAUUUUCUCCAGUGGGAUUUAUUUAAGCACAUCCACUGAAAAAGAAUGAAUGGAUUUAAGCAUAUGGGUAUUCAAAUGAGCAGGGAUUUAAGCCCCACGGGAGGGUAGGGAGGCGGGUGGGAGAGAGAUAUUUUUUUUUAUCAGAGACUUUAUAUUGGCUUGACUGUUGCUUUGCAUGCCUGUAGGACAACCUCCAUUUAAGAAAAUCGUAUUAUUUUACCAUAUGUAUAGCCUCUCUUUCAAAAUGACUUUCUUUACUACACACAAAAACAAAUGCAACCACGGAAAAUGUGACGAUAUCAAAACUAACAGCAGGUGGGGGGGGGGGAACAGCCUAUAAAAGAGCAGGAAAAUACAUUUUUAUAUCACGUGCUGGAUUCGUUAAAAGGCCUAAGAAAUGGAAAAGGAGUUCACCAGGCACCAAAGAGAUAACAAAGUAAGCAAGCAUUAAGCAAUGCCCAUCACCAGGAGCAUGCGCUUUGCUGAGGGGUCACAACUGAGAAGGCCCAGCACACACAUGCUGUAUAACACAUCCUUUUUGAACACCCCAAUGUUUUACUUUGAGAAAGGUGGCUAGUGACCUUCCUCACAGCGAGCCACCAGGAGACAGAAUGGCUGCAGCAUCAGGACAGGAGGAGGGCACAUUGUGUGGCAUGCACGAGUGACUUCAGCAUGUUGCAGUGUGUGUGAACCCCCAAAAUUGUACUGGUGUGGGUACGCAAGAACCCACAGAACGGCGUGUGCAGUGGGGCGGGGAUUGUUACAUCUGGCAAGCUGAAAUGAUUGUGCAUUUUGUUCAUAAUGGCACAACAUUGAGUUCCACCCCAGUAUUUGUUCCUGGAAAUGGACUGGGAGAUGGUGUAGCUAUUUAAGCACUCGUGUGAUAUGAUCUCAGCACUUGGUCUCUGUUAAUAGCUGCAUUGGGACUUACUGCGGUUUCCAUACAGUUUUUGAAGGCAGCCCCCGCAUACAGUAAUCUAACUUGGAAGCUGCUACAACGGUCCCUGUGGCCAGGCUGUGUCCAUUCAAAAGGGGUUGUACCCAUUGGGGCAGCCUCAGUUGGUUUAAGGUUCCCUGUGCCAAAGAGGCCCCUUGAUGUUCUAGUGGGGAGGCUAGAUCCCAAUAGAUACAGAUUUCAGACCUGUAGGGCAAGUAACCUAAAGUUAAGAGUGGGAGUUAGGUCAUUACUAUUAUUUAAAUAAUGUUAAAUGCGGAAUCGAAUCCAAGGCUUGAAGGAUAAAAAUAAAUGGUCUUUUGUAGUCCAGGGAGCUGUUUUUGGUGAAAUGCAUCUGGCACAUAAUAUUCACUGGAAUUCAAUUAUUUGCCUUUUAAUGUUUGCUUUGCUCUUCUCACUGUCUGACUUCUUUCGAUCUGGCACAUCCUUCUUUUAGCAAAGCAAACAAACAAGAGAUAAGCAAACAAUAAAUUAAGCCUGGCUGCCUUUCCCUCACCCCACUUUGUCAGUCACAUAACUGUUGAACAAUUUCCUGUAAGACAUUCCCUCAUCCUCCCUUCUCCCUGCUCAAACAGAAUGUGAGAUGUGUAGAAAGAUUGUAACACAGAAUGAAAUCAACAUUUGUUAUUUUAACAGAUUUCAUGUGAUCAUAUGAGCAUGAACAACCUGCCGGGAAACCCCAACAGCUCAAGGAGGCCAUGGUCAAUAUGCUUGGAUGACCGAUUCAGUUUAGUUCAUCAAAUCAAAAGAAAGCAGUGCCGUCUAUAUUCACUGGGGUAAGUCUCCCUUUUGAGUGGGGGGAACCAUUUAUGUUAUUCAUGAUUAAUUAACAUUCUUAAGGGGCCCUUUUCAGAGAGAUCCAAGUUGACUUACAGAAAUAUAAGGUAUCCAAAAUUUAAAACAAAGCAACAGAAGCAACAAUUCAUUUAGUGCUAAAACCACCCCAGCUCCAUUACAAAGCAACAAAAACAACACUGGUGCAAAAGCAGUGUUAAAAACAGCCCAUCACAUAGCACCAAAUACCUGGGGGUACAUGAAAAAAUUAACUUGUUGCUGAAAAGAUAGCAGUGUCAGCGCCAGGCAGGUGUCACUGGGGAGAGCAUUCCAUAAGUGGGGAGCCACAACCAAAAAGUCCCUUCUCCCUUGUUGCUACCCUCUGAACCUCUCUUGGAGGUGGCAUACAGAGGAGGGCAUCAGGUGCUGAUCUUUAAGCACAGGUAGAUGCAUGAUGGGGGAAAUUCAAAUGAAGCAAUCGUGAAUGGCAUGCUCUUCACACAAUCUGCUAGGCUAUCUUAUGCUUAUCUUGCUCCAGGAUAUAUGUGGUUUUCUCUUUUAAAAAAAACCCCAUUGCAAGAUUAAUUGGAAGAAUGUGGGCUGAAGUAGCCAACUUUUUCAAAAAAUAAAAAAGUCAUGCAAAUGUGUAUUCAGAGGUAUUUGCACCACUCAAGCACAGACUGGUGCAUAUCCAUUUUGCAACAAGAUGCCUAUGGAUAGAGGCAAUUCAAUUGACACUGUGUACUUUCAAAAAGCUUUUGAUGAAGUGGUUGAUAGGGAACCACAAAUGGGGAGAGGGCAGUUGCACUCAUGUCCUGCUUAGGGGCUUUCCAUAGGCAUUUGGUUGGGUGCUGUGAGAAUAGGAUGCUGGACUAGACAGGCCUUUACUCUGAGCCAACAGGUCUAUUCUUACCUCCUUAUGAUUUCACAUAGAUUAUGUAGAAAUAAUUCAAUUGAGUCAGUUUUAAAUUUCAUGUUGAAUUUUGUCACCUUACUUCAAAGAACAUUAUUGCCUCCGUAUCUAUCUUCCAUUAAGAAUGCCUUCUGCUAGCCUAAGAAAAGCAAGCGCACAAUGAGACCUUUGAAAAAAUGUUUUGCUGCAUAAAUAAAAUAUUUAAAAAAUGGAAACUAAACCAGUCCCUUCUGCUGGAAUAUAUAAGCACUGAAGAUUUUCCCCUAAAGCACAGAAUGAAAAUAAGGAACGAACUCUAGUAACGUUCAAAUAAAUUAAGUGUGCACGCGUGUGUUUGCAAUUCUUGAGGAAUUACAUAGCAAUCAAUUCUAAUUCCUUGUGACUCCAAUCCAAUUACAAUCUUUCAGUAACAUUGGCACUUAAUUCUGCUCUUUGGUGUAUGAUUGCACAGAGAAGCAAUCUUGUUCAGAAUGAGACAAAAUCUCCUUGAAAUACACUUCUUAUCUAAUGAAUUUCUAUUUAUGAAAGAGGAAAUGAAGACCAGCUGGUUUCUUCCCAGAGGAUGACUAGAGAGAGAACAAAUGUUUUUGAGUAUAUAUAGGACAGCCCUAUGAAAAAUACGUAUUGCAUGAAACAUUGAGAGGAAUGAAGUUAUUGUCUGUGCAUUUGUGAGGACUGAGAUGAAAAGCAGAAGCAUUUCAUAUGAACAUGAUGGAGCAGAGCUCAAAUCCUCUGGAGGCUGCCCAUUUUAGAUUAUUUUCUAGCUACUCCAUCCAUUGGGAGGCACGUGACACUCUGUGGUGUACAGAGGGCAAUGUUACUGGCUGGCUGGGAUAUCGCAAAAUGCAUCAAUGAAUUUGAAUGAUCAUUUUUAAAUUGGCUUAGUAUAAAAAGCACUCUGAAUUUAUUAAAGAGAUUAAUGCUCCAUCUGAAAGUGUUGUUGUUUUUUUAAAAAAAAACAACAACCACAGACUCACAAAAGGUUUUACCAGGUUUCAGCAUUCUGAGGUGUUUAACUAUGCACACAAUCGUUAAGCAUUUUUAAAUUGACAGUAAGCAAUGAAUGUAAGACAGCUUUCAUUUUACAUUUUCCUCUAGCUACUGAACACUCAUGAGGCGGGAUCCAGACUAAGGCUGCAAUCCUAACCCCACUUUCUGGGAAGUAAGCUCCAUGGAAUUCAACAAGACUUACUUCUGAGUAGACAUGGUUAGGAUUGUGCUGUUAGCUGCAUGUAAUCCCCAUUAUGACUUGACUUAAACUCCAUUGAUUUCAGAGGAAGCUAGGUGGAACUAAUGAAUGCUAGGUGGAAACAGGAUGCUCAACUUUUCUUCUAGAUUCCCAUCUGCCUCCGUUUCCAGAAAUCAGAGCAGCAUGAAAAUCAGUGUGUAGCCCACAGAAGAGCAUUGUUUAUGACCUUAAGCCAUACUACAUUUCUUAUGUUAUCAUGCUAUGUAGAGACUUGCCAAUAUGCAGUAGUCAGUCACAAUUCAGCUUAUGUGUGGAAGGCCUCGCCCUGUGGUUUUUAAUGUGCUUAACACUAUUGGUUUAUGCUAAAGGAAAUGUAGCCAUGGGUCUUUGGUGCCAUCUCCUGUUCCCUAUUUUCCCACCUGAAAUUGCCCCAGUUACUACUGGUUCCAAAGGUGCUUCUUUACUACAAACUGUUCUGAGGCCCGGUGGGGUGGGGUGAGUGUGGAGUUAAUGAGCAACUGGUUUUUAGACCUCAGUCUGAAUUGGGAGUGUGAAACUAGAUGGGGGCCCCACAGCUACUUCCCCUUCAAAAUAAAGAUAUCAGCACUAAGCAUGCUCUUUAAAAAAUUGUGAUUAAUAUAAUGUGACGUUUAGCCCUGAGAAUGCCCUGAGUUUAAUUCAUCUUGCAGUGUUUGGACAAACUCAUACAUGCGCCUUCACCCCUUGAUAGCAGGAGCAUUAACUGGUGACAAGCAUGUGCCAACGUGCCAUUAACACCUGACAUGUUACAGAUAUGUUUCACUACAUACAAAAUGGCUUUCAACUGAGUAAGUCGACAAGUUUAGCUGACAGCCAUUGAAUGAAGUUACAUCAUGCAAUGCACAUGCACAUCCGAACUGGAGAAAUUGGACCGAACCAUAGUCUUUCAUACCUUAGUUACAUCUGGAUUAGAGCAUCUGCAUGGGAAGGUUGCGUUGAAGAGGUUGGAAGCUUCAGCUGCUCCAGAAUGCAUCAUACAGACUUCUGGGCAGAUGUGUUCUGAGCACAUCAUUCUAGUUUUGUUUCAACUAUGCUGUCUGCUAAGUUCCUUAUGAGCCCAAUUAAAUAUGCCAUAUCCAUUGGUAAUAUCCAUUAAGGCCCGGAAUAAUUUGUAACUAGGGUUUCUUAAGGUCCCCAAACUUGCAUAUGAAUUUGCCUAGGUGCUUCAGUCAACUACUGAUACCCUGCUGACUGCCCCUUCCCCCCACUGUCUGAAGUGUAACAUGCAGGAACGCGACAGGGUCUUUUUGAGUGUAGCACCUAGAUUAUGGAAUGCCCUCUCUAAACAAAUCCUUGUAUCUUCUACUUCACUGUUGGCUUUUCACUUUUCAGGAAAACUUCUGGGCUGAUUAGAAUUAGGCUGACAAAUCAUGCAGUGACUGUUUUUCAUUAUUAUUAUUAUUAUUAUUAUUAUUACUGUUUUUAUUUACGUAUUUUCUGAAAAUUGUGGUAUUGUAAGCUCUUUCUGACGGGACGCGGGUGGCGCUGUGGGUAAAACCUCAGCGCCUAGGGCUUGCUGAUUGCAUGGUCGGCGGUUCGAAUCCCUGCAGCGGGGUGAGCUCCCGUCCUUCGGUCCCAGCUCCUGCCCACCUAGCAGUUCGAAAGCACCCCUAAGUGCAAGUAGAUAAAUAGGUACCGCUUUCUAGCAGGAAGGUAAAUGGCGUUUCCGUGUGCUGCGCUGGUGCUGGCUCGCCAGAGCAGCUUCGUCACGCUGGCCACGUGACCCGGAAGUGUCUCCGGACAGCGCUGGCCCCCGGCCUCUUAAGUGAGAUGGGCGCACAACCCUAGAGUCGGACACGACUGGCCCUUAAACUCUUUCUAGUGCUUCCGCACAUCUACCAAGAAUUAAUGUUUUCUACCUUAAGUCCUUCAGGGGUAGGUGCGCUAAGAUGUUAAUAGUAGCGAUCCUUCAUAUUUGUUUUUAUUUGAAGUAACAAUACCUCUUCUGUUUGCUUUGGGAAGACUGGGCAGUGACAACAACCAGUUUGAGAUCAGCAUGGCCAAUAGUGGAUGUGAGGUGCAUCGCUUUGACCCCAGUAUCAAACUGGCACAUAUUCAGAAAGGACAGCGCCUCUGGUACCAUCGCCUGUCCAUUGACUGGCGGGAUCCAAAUCCAAUGAUCGUGGCUCAUAAGCUUCAUACCAACACCAAGAAGCUUGGCACUGUAUUAAAUGACUUUGGACACCACAAGGUAAGACUCCACUUACUGUUCAUAUAGCUUUAUGAAUUACUGGGGGCCUUCAUUUUGUUUAUAAGCCGUUAGAGCUUAAACUCCAUUUAUAUAAGCAACGCAGAGAAUGACCAUAAUAUUAGGAUAGUCAGAUGUUUAGAUAAUUCGGACUGUUUUUCUACAUUGACAUAGAACUACACUAACGUGUAUUUAGGUAGUCAUGAUGUGAGUAAUCAAGCUUCUACUGUGGAUAUUUGAGGAUGGGAGGGACACAAAUGGGGGAAGGAAUCGUGAUUUAAAAUUAAUAGUCAAACACCCCCACAAUUUUUAAAUCACCCUCACUUUCUUAAGAUCAUAUUUUUCUCCCUUUCUGCCCCAUCAGUACUGUACUGUAUGUCUUACAAUAUCUGCAACUUUUAUUCUUUACUGGCUCUGAAAAUGUAGCAAUGAGCAGAAUUGUACAGUGGUCCUAAGUGCAGAAUUUAAAGAGAUGGGGAAACAUUUCCAGCUAUAAUUGGAGCAGAAGAGAUUAUAAAGGGAUUGUUGAUGUUCAUAGGGUCACUAUUUUCUCCCUGUUAGUGACACCAGUAGCAAAAACAUCCUGGCUUGAAAUGGAGUGCAGUUUUUUUUAAUGGACUUGCCUGACCUGACCUCCUUUUAGGGAACUGUGAAUGCAGUAGAAGCUUUCCACUAACUUUUUGCCAAUGCAUACUUCAAAAAGUUCAUGACAUUCUCAGCUAGCAUACUUUCAAGUUACAGCUGCCCUUGAGAGUGUGCAGGGAAUGAAUUAGAUUGCUAAUAUAUCUUGAUGCCUGCAGGUAGUGCUGUAUGCUUUCUGGUUCCUUUUUAAGACAUGGGCAGACCUGGCUGAGGACACCACCUCCAGGGCUUGCAGAGCAAGGCUGUGAAACAUAAAGCAUCAUUGCAAAGUGCAAUGUGCUAUUUUCUGGGGAAUUAACACUUCUGAAAUAGCUAAAAAUCUUUUUUUUUUACCAUUGAAUCACAUUAUGAAUCUGUCUUGGGACCAGAUAAUACUUAACCACAGAGAGAAAUGGUACCUUUUGGUAACACUUACAUUUGGUGGGUGGGUGUACUUCAGGUGGCUGCUGUUCGCUGAUUUUUGAACUUUGGAUUCUUACUUUUUAUUGUUUGUUAUCAUUUGUCAUUGAUACAUUAUUAUGUUGUGUGUAUUCUUGAGCUCUUUCAAAAAGGUAGGGUAUAAUUUAUUUUUAAGAGAUGUAUUAAAAAGGUCAUUCUGAUUAUUAGUAUUAGUAUUUUAUUUUAAUCCCACACAUCUGACUGGGUUGCCCCAGCCACUCUGGGCAGCAUUUCUGAAUGCUCCUUUGUUUCUAAGGGAAUUUCUCAACACACCAAAUUGUAUCCAUCUAAGUCAUACUCUGAGUAGACCCAUUGAAAUCAAUGGACUUAAGUGAGUUGUGUCCAUUGAGUCUGUUACUGUGUUGGAGUCAUCCCAUUUUGUUUGGUUGUGCUCUCUAAUGCUGCAUCUCAUAUCUGCUGCGAUUCUAGCCAUUCUCUUUGAAAAUAUACCUCUUUUGCAGGUAUAUUUAAUUCUCCGUUUGGACUGUAAUAUUUUGUUGCUAUGAAAUAAUGCCCCUUGUCAACAAUGCCAAUGUCUGUCUCUCUUUUCAAACUAGAAUGACUGGAGUUUGUAAAGACUGGGAAAGCCUCUAAAAAGAGCCAUACCUUUCAGUGGUGUCCAAACUUUUUUCAAAGAGGGCCGGAUUUAAAGGGCCGUGAGGGCCAACCAAGGGGCCGACCAAAGUUGCUGACUUUUUUUUUAGGAUUGAAGUUGUUCAGGUUGAAGUUAACUGCCACAGGGGCCGGAUUAAACUGACCGGCGGGCUGGAUUAGGCCCCCGAAAUGGACUUUGGACAUGCCUGCUUAUGUGGAACUUUAGAGGUCUCUAUACUGGAACAUAGGGAUAAACAAUAGGAGAAGACUAUCUCCUUAAAACCCUAGUUUUGAGCAGCCAGAACUAGACAAGGCAGCAGGGCCAUCUUAAGACAUUUUGCUGCCUGAGGCAGACAAGAUUACGCCUCCCCUCAUUCCUUGCACAGAAGCCAGCGAGACUGGGAGUUUCAUCUUACUUUGACACGGGCAGUGGGACAGCAUCCUCCACUACAUCUGUUGUUGUUUUUUUUUAAAGAUAUUUAUUGAGAAUUUUAAAAUUACAAAAAAAAACCAAAGAGAAAAAGAAGGAAAAAACAAGGAAAGAACAAAUAGCAAUUAAACAAUACAAAUCGAUAAAAAUCAAAGUCAAAAACAAAACAAAACACAUAACACAUCAAAGUCAAAAGCAAAAUAAGCCAAAAAUUUUAAAAACAGAUCCAGUAUUCCCAAAUCCUUAACUGUCAUUACCUUAUUUCAUUGACCUCCUCACACCCCCUUUUUUGUAUUCUAGUUGUUGAUUAUCACAGCAAAUCCUUUCCAUUUUUCAUAAUAUUCUGUCAUUAAAUUACCUUAAUCUAUUUUAACCUUAUCUUACCAUAAAAACCCUAAAACUUAAAACUUAAAUCUUAUUUAUACCAAUUUCUCAUAACCAUAGCAUAUUCUUACAUAAUUCUUUUUAACAUUUCUGCUAAAGCCAAAUAAUUUCAUUCCAACAUUUUUCUAAUACUCAUUAAUUUUACAAAACAUUCCUAAGUAAAAUUUUUAAAACUUUCUUCCAAUCUUCAUCCAACAUCUCUUCCUCCUGGUCUCGGGUUUUGUCAGUCCUUUCUAUCCCAUCCAUCUAGUUCAUUAACCUGGUAACCUUAUGUCCGAGGCCCUUAAGUCUCUUCCAUGUCCCUUCCGCAGAUCUUCUUCAUAUUUAUACCUGUACUUUACUUUGUCUUCUGCUCCUUUCACUCGUGGAGACUCCAGCUUGACAAUAUUUUUGUCCCUUCUCGACAGAUCAGCCCCUUUUCCAUAGUCAACACUGAACUCCAUGUGGUAUUUAAAAGCAUGUUUCAAAAUCCCUCCAAAGUUGAGGACCCCCACAACUCCAAACUCCUCCCGGCCCAAAGCCAGACUUGAAAAGUCAAAACAUCCCUGCAUAGGGGGGUCUAUCCAGCCCCCCAUCUCCAAGCCAAGCAAAACUCUAUCUCUCCAAAUCUGGCUUUUUCCAGGUUCAUUCGUCAGAUCCAACAACUCAUGUUCCUGCUGGGCCACAGUUCCCUCCAUCUCUGCCUCCCGAGGUCCAGCCACAACCUCCUCCCUCAUCUGAUCUGUCAGAGCACACUCCUGGAUUAAUUCCUGAGUGGGUUCUAUAUAGAUACCCACUACCUGUCCAAAAUUUCCGAUCGCAACAGUCAUCAAAUCCGUCUUCUCAUGUAACUGUUCCAAUAAAGCACUUGUCUUGCAGAAAGCACGCACCAGAGCCUCCGAGUACAUUCUUGUGCAAGGUCAAAGUCUGAUCCCACGAUCUUAAUCUAUUGCAGCUGCAAAGCUCCCCAGUUCAGAUUUAAUAACAGUUUCACAAGCUCCCUCUAGGGGAAAAGCUUCUAUUUGUGUCCCUCUCUCUCUUUUUUUUUUUAUAGCAGAUCUAACAACAAAGUUUCCUUUUUCAGAUAUUUUGUCAAUAUUUUGUUCCUUUUAGAUGCGAAGGGGAACAAUGGAGUCACUAUGUUUCUCUUCUUUUAACUGUCUGUCAAAAACGUUUGUCUAUAGUCAAUGAACUUCCCGAGGACGUCUGUCCUGACACCCCGCUCCCAGGUUCAAGACGGUGGAAAAUUACUUUUCUUUACACUCUCUUCUGCAGGUUUAAACAGUCCAGAAAAAAAAUCCCCCCUCUUCUCCUGCUUCCAAGGGGGGUUCAGUAAUUUUAGAUGAUGAAAAUUGAUCCUUUACAGGCGAUUUUCUUAACUCUAGCUUGCCGUGUCUUUGCUUUAAUCUAUCUACAAAAAGCGGAAGGCUGACUUCCUGUUUAGACCUUCCCGCUUCAGUGCCAAAUUAGAAGAAAUUUCUUAAUCCAAUUUUCCGUUCUACUCACGGGUCGUUGUUUAGAGUCCAAUUGUCCACAGGAAAAAGUCAGCGCUCUCCGGCAACAGCCAUGUGGCUUCACUCCGUGAAAGAAGCAGUCGAUUCAAGGCACCGCGCCGCUCACCCCACGUCGCUCCGGAUCCCCGAAACCGGGUCUCCCCGCGAGUAGGGGAGGCGCAAAAGGUGCCAGCCGAAUCCCACGUCCACAGGCUUCUCCCGCCUGUGGUUUUUAAUGGGUCUCUGCCUCGCCGUGGCGGUUCAGACCCUUUUUUCCACGGAGCGGAUUCCUCCCGAUCGGAGGAAAUCCGCCAUUGCCAGAGGCGCCAACCCGGAAGUCCCAUCCUCCACUACAUUUGAAGGCUAUCUUAGGGAGUGCAGAGCACACACAGCUCCAUCCUGUCUCUGCCCCCUAGCAUUUGCUGCUUGAGGUGACUGUCUCAAUAUGUCUCAUGAUGGGGCCACCCCUGCAGGAUGACAGAACAAAGGAGAUGGAAGCCAGCCAAGUGAUCACCGCAUCUUGUCCUGUAGAAGGCUUAUAUUCACAGCGUGUUUUGUUGUUUUUUUUUGUCUGGGGUGGUUACUUAGGGAGAAUUAGAACCGUGUUGCUUCCAAUUAAUGAGAAUUUCUUGUUUACAGAAUGAAACACACAGUUUGUUUACACUGCUUUCUCUGUUCUUGAGAAAAGGCUGGGGGAAUUAAGGUUGCGUUGGGUAUUGCAGAGAGGCUCCCCAAAGCUCCUUAUCAAUUAAAGAGUGCAUCAGAGUAAAUACUGACAGUACAAUCCCAGACAUGUCUACUAAGAAGUAAGUCCCACCGAGUUCAAUAGGAUUUACUUCUUUGUAAGUGUUUAUAUAAUUGCCGCCUGGGCUUUUCAUCUGCCUAUAUGUCUAUCAUGUUCUGCCUGAGAACAAAUUGAUGCCAGAACUUUCCAGCACAUAUUAAUUAGAGGUCUCUUCUUCCCUGCAUUCUUCAUUCACUUUGUUCAUUCACUUUCUUAGGGUAAUUCUAGAAGGGCCUUUCAGUGCUCUUUCUGCAGCUCUUGUUUUGGGAGGGGCGGGGGGAAUCGGGCAUGGCACCAGCAUCUUUUUGAAAAUUACUCCUUGCCUUUUCCUCCUUCCAUUUUUCCACUAACGUGAAAACAUGGAGUUUUUGGGAAGAUCCAAUCCCAGGGCACAAUCCAAACAUGUGGAUGUUCUUUGGGCUUCUUUGCAUAUUUACCAUAGCAGUGUUGGUGGGUAUGCUUUGACAUAGUAACAUUCCUGGUGACUGUUCUAUUAUCUAAUACCACAUCUCCUUUUUCCAGUUGCUACAAUCCAAGCCAUUCCCAUUGAAAUUAAAAAUCAGAUUUGGUUCCUGCAUUAAAAAGAACAUGUCCCAUAAAACUGCCUGCAUUAUCCCUUAGUAGCUCCUGCUUAAUUUUUCCACAUCUGACCUCCACAACAGAUCAUGGGGAGCCAUUCAUGCAGCUCUUUCUACUAAUUUCUGAUUCUUUCUAUAAAUUGUAUUUUCUCUCAGGUCUGCUUCUAAGGCAGCUCUGUGAGUUUGCGAUGGAUUGUCUCUUGAGUGUUCUUUUGGAAAUAUUUGUCUUCAUAUUCAUGUGGCUGACACAAAAAAGAGCACCCCUACUAUUUUAGAAGUUAAAGUGUGGCUGUGUUCAUACAAUCAUACAUCUGCUUAUUAAACUGAAAUGUGCAUGGAUAUUUUGCCUCUGCACACAAGCCAUUCCCCCAUGGAGUUUCUGAUUAACCAUAGUAUUAGUUUCCUAUUUUGUCCAAAUCAGGAAAUUCAUGAUGUCAUCUUUGGAACCAGCGACUAUAUUAAACCAUGGUUUAAAGUGAAGAAAAUGAUAAACUGUGGUUAAUGAGAGACUUCCUUGUUUCAUCACGAUUUGUGCAGAAGUGAAAAGCAACAGGACUCUGUGUGUGUGUGUGUGUGUGUGUGUGUGUGUGUAGGGGAGAAAGAGUGUAUGCAAAAGGAUUACACCUAUCUUGGCUUAAACAGAACGAUUGCCCAAGGCAGCUUUGUAUGUUGGGUGUCCACGUUUCACUUGCACAUCAGGCAUUUCUUUUUGGCUUUAACUCACUAUCUCCCUUCUCCUUCAGCCAUGUGCCUGUGACUUGCAUUUCUAAUGAUCCAGCAGAAUCUAAACAUCGUCAGUCAUGGCAGCAAUUUGCAACUUUGGAGGAUGUUUCAUUCUCCAUAAAUCUGUUUGUGCCCUUGGGCCAAGGCACUGUAGAAAUAGCCUGGGAUCACAAAAUAAUGAAGAUAUAUCUAUCUGGAACCCCUCAACAAUGAUUUAUUAUCCUUUUAGGAAAGCCUCCCCCCAUGUAAUAAUUUGAGGAUCCCCCUGGCAUUAGCUCUGCCAUAUGUAUACAUUGCUGGUGGCAGAACAGUUAUUGUUGGGAUAGGGCCAAAUUAUACAAUGUGCUGAGUUUUAAAUAGAAAACAAAAUGCACUCAUGGAGGUUGCUACUGAAGCACAAAAUGUGCAGCAGAGAGGCUUCUUAACCCUUUCCCUUACUGCAGUGAAACACCCUGAAAUAUACUCGGAGUCAAGAGUGGAUUUCAUGCUCGUUAUUCAGCUCAUAGUGGUGAGGAGGAAUGGAAGUUCCCCCAGAAUGUCUGCUUUAUAUACAUUAUUUACACAGUGGGCCCCACAUGAUUGGCUAAUUCCGGGAUUCACCUGUAGGCCAAUCAGGUUACGGAUUCACUUCCACCUGGAGCUGGAUUGGGUGGCUCCUGUGGACCAAUCAGACUGUUGCAUUCUGAAUCCUAUUGUUCUAGGACCAAUCAGACUGCUGCCUUUUGGAUCCUAUUCAACUCAGUACAUGACACACCCCAAGCUUCUUUCACUUAGUUGAGGGGUGGGGCUACACCUCUCUUUCCUGCUAUGGGUGAAAAACCCAGCUUGGAGGAAUUUUAACAGAAAACUGGCAAUAGGAAUGGGUUAGGACCCUCUUCCUCUGCAGCUCUGAGGCUUCUUUUUCCAAAAAAGAAAAAGAAAAGAAAAAGCCAUGGGGGCAGGGCUUUUUUUAUGGGAAAAGUGGGACAUAGUUCUGUCAAGAUUACAAACUCACCUAAACAUCCAACGCCAUGGUCCAGUCUUUGUAUUGUCACUGUAUCACAGUGAGGCAAUUGCUGUCAUUUUAUUUUGAUGAAUGAUGUAUGCUGUAUGCAAUCCUCUAAGUUUCAUCAAGCUCCUCCCUCAUUUGAACAGGUAAACAAGCCACAAAAGUGGCUGACCUAGUAGAAAGGGAGCUGGUGGCACUGUGGUCUAAACCACUGAGCCUCUUGGGCUUGCUGAUCAGCGGUUCAAAUGUGCUCGGUGGGGUGAGCUCCGGUUGCUUUGUCCCAGCUUUUGCCAACCUAGCAGUUUAAAAGCACACCAGUGCAAGUAGAUUAAUAGGUACUGCUGCAGCGGAAAGGUAAACCGUGUUUCUGUGCGCUCUGGCUUCUGUCACGCCAAAAAUGGUUUAGUCAAGCUGGCCACAUGACCCAGAAAGCUGUCUGCAGACAAACACCAGCUCCUUUGGCCUGAAAGCGAGAUGAGUGCCACACCCCAUAGUUAUCUUUGACUGGACUUAACCGUCCAGAGGUCCUUUACCUUCUUUACCAUUACAACCGAAAGGGGGGAGCAUGGGGACCUAGGUGCCACCCAUGUGACCUAAGCACCACCCACAUGACCUCCUAGGCACCCCACCAGGUCCUGUUUCCACCAGCCUCCACUGAAUGGAGAAGUAGGUUGGGAAAACUACACACAACUCAGUAUCACUUGCAAUUGGCUCUGAGGCUGUGUUCACACUCCUGCUUGCUCCAGUGCACUCCCACUGCUGGUUUCGGUAAACACAAUAUUACCCACAAUCCUGUAUCUAUCCUGUCCUUUCUUAUGAAAUGCUGUGUUUUCCUCCAAAACAGCUUUAAUUGAAAUUGAGGAAAAGAACAGUUUAGCUGGUAAUAUGUACGCAACCUUACUCUUGGAGGUCAGGUAGGACUGUGUACUUAGGCAAUCCUAAGGGAACAUAUCAUGAAAAGCUGAAUUUGCAAAGCAGUAAAAAUUAUUUUGCCCUGUUUUGUUCUACUUAUGCCAAACAUGGAGUAGUACACUGAGGACCUGUCCUAUAACUGGUAGAAAUCUUGUUGCUUUAUGCACACCACCCACCUGUUUCUGAGGUUUCAUCAGCCUGGCAUUGCUGAUCUUCUGUGCCUUAAAGACUAGGAAUUUGCUAAGGUACUGGAGAGCUUCUUCCAGCCAGCACAGAGAGUAUUGGGCUAAUGUAAGCUGAGAGCCCAUUUUCAUGGCUGCUUUGUGGUAGCUGCUAUUCUUUCUACAGCAAGUCACUGCUACUGUGAGCACAGAUGUAGAAAUAUUCAUUUAUGUACAACAUUUGUUGCACCAACAUUUGUCUACACCCAGAUGUCUGUACAUUGAUCUUCAACAGAUCAACGCAAAGUGGCUGCUCUUCUAGGAAGGCCAUACAGCAGAUUGUAUGACACUCAGUAUGCGGUAUUCUGUGCCUAACACAAAUUUCAGUGCUUGAAAAAUGCAUAUAGCCCUGAAUCAGAGAUACAAAAUAAAAGCAAUUAUUAUAUUUUAUGGGGUUGGCUUCUGGAAGUGGAAAUUUCUUGAAGCAGAAUUUAUUGAGCUUUUUGAGUUCUUGGAUAAGGGAAGCAGGGAUUAUUAUGGAGCUUGAGGAUAGAUGUUAAUUCAUUUACCAUAUUUUUCGCUCUAUAAGACACACCAGACCACAAGAUGCACCUAGUUUUUGGAGGAGGAAAACAAGAAAAAAAAUAUUCUGACUCUCAGAAGCCAGAACAGCAAGAGGGAUAGCUGCGCAGUGAAAGCAGCAAUCCCUCUUGCUGUUCUGGCUUCUGUGAUAGCUGCGCAGCCUGCAUUUGCUCCAUAAGACGCACACACAUUUCCCCUUACUUUUUAGGAGGGGAAAAGUGAGUCUUAUAGAGCAAAAAAUACGGUAUAUAUUUGCUCAUAUGUCUAUUAUUUAAUGCAUUCCUAUACCACUGUUCAGGUAAAAAUUGAAUAGCAGUAAAAUCAGCACAACAGGAAUGAAAUAGAUUUGUACUAAAGCCAAACACUUCAAAGUUCCCAUUGAAACUUAAACUGUUUUAAUUUUAAAAGCCUGGGAGAACAAAAAUGUCUUGGACUGGUGCCAAAAAUAUAGCAUAGUAGGUGCCAGGCAAGCCUCUUUGGAGAGGGAAUUCUACAAACAGGACACCACCACCAAGAAGGCCCUCCCUCCAGUUUCCAGAUGCCAUCUAAGUUGAUGGGGGACCCUGGAGGGCCUUGGAAUAGGAGCAGUUUUAUAUGGGAUUAGGCAUUCCUUCUGGUACCUGUGAGAGUAGAAGCACCAGGAGAUGGAGAAAAAUAACCAUGACAAAAUAAAAGGAAUGUUCAGAUAUGGAUCUUCAACUUCUGACAGUCAGAAAACCUGUUCAACAUUGCACUGGGUUUCUAAAAUCACCCAUAUAUCUUUAGUUAUUUGUUAUCUCCAUAAAGCCUUUUUUAAUAUGUUAAAUUUUACAAAGUCUUAAUAUUUAAAACUGGGUUGAAAUCAGGUUUGUAGGCAAAGGCAUUUCUCAUCUCCCACUCUGCAACCUGCACACCCCACCCCCACCCCAAGCAGAUUUUUCAGGGCAUGUGGGGGCUACAAGGAGAAGAAGAAAGAGAAGCAUCACUGUGUGAGAGGAUGCCUGCUUGCCUGACAUUAGAUUUCACCCUUAGGUUCCCAGUUAAAAGAAAGGAAAGCAGUCUUUGAGUCACAGUGGCUAUUUUAAGGAUAAUUGGUGCUGGCUUCUUAAGUAAAGGUGGCUUGUGUGACAAAUCUGCUAACAGAUGUCAGCUCUGUUUGGAAAAGCAUGCCGAGAUUUAAGGCUUAGUAAGCAAAAAACUAACUUUUGGUGUAUUUUUAAAUAUCCAACGCCAUUGCUGAAGAACUUAACUCUGUGGUAGAAUGCAUUAACAGCUCAGUGCCUUCCUGGACAAGGAGUUUUUCCUGUCCACUUUUUUAUUUCCAGGCAGUUCAUGCAAAUCUUAAACAGCACAAUUCCAUACAUUUCUACUCAAAAGCAAAUCCAGUGGGGCUUACUUCCAGGUGUGUGCAUAUUUGCAACCUAAAGCACAUACCCUUUGGUUUGGAGUAGGAACAUCAUUAUUUUUACCUCUUCUUAUUUUAUUGCAUAAAUCUAAGGUGACAGCUCAAAUAUGAAUACUCUGUUUUGAAGACGUUUGCACCUCCUUCCUCAAAUAGAAAUAUUUUAUCUCUAUAUUCACCAUUAUUAUGCUUCCCUUCUGUGCUGCCACAUCUCCAGAGAUUAAACAGCUGCCAUUUCUCCUUGCUCUACAUUCCAAACUUGAAGAAAUGUACUAAUGAUGCAGAGCCGACCCUGUCAUUAGGCAAAGUGGGGCAGCCACCUCAGGCAGUUGGUUUUGAGUGUUACGAAAGUGGAGCAGAUUGUUAAUUUACUUAAUUAUUAGUAUAUAUUUGUUACAGAGCGUGCCGGUCAGUAAAUUACACAGUUCAAAGUUGUAGUUAACUCUUUAUUAGCGAAAACAUGAUCUCCACAGACUGGGCUGAGUCUCAGGCUUCAUGAGUACAGCAGCUCAUUCCCUGUGGGUCUUACCCCAUGAAAUCAGUUGCCAAGAUUAAGGUCCCCGCCUCCCCACUGCGGUCUAAGUCUCCUUCUCUCCAGGGCUUUCCCCAAGCAAUCUGAGACUGCGCCUGUGUGCAGCCAGUCUCAUCUGCCCUGUUAUGUACUGAGUUGAAUAGGAUCCAAACUGCAGCAGUCUGAUUGGUCCUAGAACAAUAGGAUCCAAAAUGCAGCAGUCUGAUUGGUCCUAGAACAAUAGGAUUCAGAAUGCAGCAGUAUGAUUGGUCGGCAGGAACCACCCAAUCAUGCUGCAGAUAGAAGUGAAUCCACAACCUGAUUGGCCUACAGGAGAAUUCCGGAAUUAGCCAAUCAUGUGCAGCCCAUUGUGUAAAUAAUGUAUAUAAGCAGAUACCUUGAGGGGACUUUCAUUCUUCCUCCUCACCACUAUGAGCUGAAUAAAGAGCAUGAAAUCACUUUGCGACUCUGAGUAUAUUUCAUGCCCUUUUCAUGCAUCUCCUGGUUCUGGGAGAUGGGGGAGAGAAGCUUGUCGCAGAGGGUGAGACACCCGUAACUUCACCAGCUUGACUCAUCCCUGCCUCUUGACCUCCCUCCUCCCACUUGCUAGCUUCAUCUUCUGAUUCUGAACUUCUCUGCCACAGACUCUCCCAGCUCAUUAAGCCCUGAUACCCCUUCAGCUUUCAACACCACCUCUUCCCAGUCUUCUCCCUCUGACCACUCAUCGUCAUCCCACCACCACUCUCUGGGCUCUGAGCCUUCUUCCUUUGGUGGCUCCCCAGCUGGUUCCUCCCACCAGUCCUCUGUGUCUAACCAAUCCAUGACAAUAUUUUACUGCCAGGAAAAGAGGAGAGGUGCUUGUGGGAUUUUCUGCCUCAGGUCUCCAAAUAAACAAAUGGCCUUGGUUGGGAGAAAGGUGCUAUUUGCUGCUUCACCACAGGCUGCAAAACGUCAUGGGCUGGCCCAGGUUAUGUCACAGUUCAUUUCAUUGAAUUGGAGACUGGAGUCUGCUGCCUUUGAAAAUAGCACUCCAAUCAUCUAUUUCGGCCCUCGAGAAAAGAACUAGGUCACCCUCUCAAUCCCAAAGUAUCCUGGCAGUGUCCCUUUUCUCAACUCACGGGAGACCUUAUGGCUGGAUCAUAAUAGCAAUAAAUUAGAACUGAGCAACAGCUGGCCAAGUACAAACCACAUAGCAGCAGAGAUAUAAACAAGUGGUAAACUGUCUGUGUCAUGAAAUUUUUCUGCCAUUUCUGGUGGAAGCUAUGCAAACUAUUGAAAUAAUUGUGCAGAUGAAAAAAAAAUUGUGCAUGUUAGUUACUUCUAGCAUUUAGACCAGGCUUGGAGAGCUUUUUCAAGCUAGGGGCAACAUUUCCUCUAGGCAGCCUUGUGGGGCUUCCUCAUGCCAGUGGUGAACAGGGCCAGAGGCAAAAGGGGGCCAAGCAACAGAUGUGUGACAGUAGUUCUUACCUCUGUACGGUAGACUAAAUUCCAGCCAUGCAAAGGUCAGAGGUUUCUAAACACACACACACUUCUCUCCAUCUUAGGCAAGGUGAACACAGCAGGGCUGGUGGGAGAUGUAGCCUGGGUACAUUCUCUGUGGCCAGAAAGAGAGAGCAGUGGCUAUAUUCAGCCCUUGAUCCUGAGGGUUUUUUGGGUUUUUUUUGCCCCUGAUUUAGACAGUAUAGAACAUGUGCCUGAAGAAAAGCUAUUCUUAAUUUUCAAAGCAGUGAACUAAGAGAACUUCUUUCUAUUUAUGGUUCUGCAGCAUUGCCCAAUAAGUAAAACGGUGAGAAAUAAUGAGGAGUUUUUGCUUCCAGCUUUAUCAGAAGGCAAAUUGUAGUUUUGGGGAAGCAAUAUCACUCUUUUCUUACUUUGCACAUGAAUUGAAAUUGAAGAUCCCAGCCUUUAGUGCUUCUUCCCUACUUUUUUCUUCAUCCACGAAGGGAUUCAUGUAAAAAAAAUGCUCUACCGGGUGGCAAAGUCUGUGUGGAUUGUGAAUUCAAAUGUCACAUUUUUUUCUUUCUUUCUUUUUGGCAUUCCUGUGUGGUGGAAAAUCAUAAUGUUGGCACUGGCUCUGUCUGCUGUGCCGCCUAACAAUGGAAUGAAGAAAGCCCCCAGGAUCAAAAGUCAGGCUAAUGGCAGGGAGGCUCAAAGACAUGGCUGCCCAUAGUGACAAAAAAAGCAAAACUCACUCCUCCUUGAUCUCUCAAAAUUUUCCAGGCCUUCUAACAAAGGACAAUAAGCUCAUUUUUAUAUGCUGACAUAGUAAGAGCAAGAAAUAAAAACACAAAAGCAGUUGUUUUUUAGGGCUGUGGAAUUUGCAACAUAUACCACAUAUACCUUUCGUAACCUAUCUAUAAUGGGUCCUCCACCGGUUUCAUGCAGGAAUCUGAUAUGCCAGCACAAAUAAAUUACAUAUUUUUCGCUCUAUAACACGCACCAGACCAUAACACACACGUAGUUUUUAGAGGAGGAAAACAAGAAAAAAAAUAUUCUAAAUGAAAUAGUGGAUAUAUGAUUUUUGUGGUUCAUGCUGUGGCCACAGACAUGUGAUCUGAUAGUGAGUUUGGAGUAGCCCAAUGCAAAAAUCCUGAGGAUCCAUGUGGAUCCAUGCUUUGUAACCACGGAGGAGGGAAGGAAGGGGAACCAUGGAUCCUCUGCUCACGACUGCAGCAGAUCCCCCCCGCCACCCUCGUGCAUUCGCUCCAUAACACGCACAGACAUUUCCCCUUACUUUCUAGGAGGAAAAAAGUGAGUGUUAUGGUGCAAAAAAUACGGUAACUUGUGAUUGAAAUGAAUGGGAAGCAUGCAAGAGAUCCAAGUGUGCAAUUGUAGGUCUUUGGAUUAGAGUAUCUGUUAGUGAUGCAGUGGGAACUUCCUUGUUUAUGUGUACUAAAUAAAAACCUCAAUUUUCUUAUAACUGGUUAAAACACUUGGGGCUUAUCCACACUUAUUUUGCCCCACUGCUUCCCGUACAGGUUUAAAGCUCCGUGUUUGAGUGCUCCCCUUAUUUUGCUCCAGAGCUUUCCCCACGAACACCUGCUCUUUAAAGUUGAAUCAGAACAAAUGGCUAUUUGGGUUUUUUUGUGGACUGUGCCUGGAAAGCGCAGAGGAAAGGUAGGUGUGGAUAAGCCCUUAGCUAGGAAUCCUAGGGCUCCUUCAGAUUGGCUUAUACCUGGUCUUUAUAGAGCAUUGGUUCUGAUUUGUUUGUGAGGACUUUUUAGGACAAUGAGUGUUCAUUCCGAUUUGUUUUUGCUGUGCUUACAUUUAUUUGAUUAUUCUACACUUCUCAAUGCAUUAUCCCAUCACUUUCCUAACCACAAAAACCCCUCUUUCUGUGGAUUUGUUGCACUGGGGUAAAGCACCCACUUUAAUUGUGAAAACUUAAUUUUUUUGUAAUGCACUUGAAUCCUUCCCACAAAAUUUGAACAGUCUGAAGGUGCCCCUACCCUGAUAGGUAAAUCCAAUGAGGGGCCUCAAGAAGGGGCAUAAAGGCUGCUUUGCCAGCAGAGGCAGAGGUACAUCAGCAGGAUGAAAUCAAACGCUAAAGAAUGUUAGAUCUGGAGCAGAUUUUGUGCUUUCUAAUAGAAAAGCACCGUAACGCGUUAUCUCCAGGUUGACUUUGAAAUCUUUCUAUUUUAUGAAAGCACAGUACAGUAGAAUAUGAAGGUCAGACUUUCUUACUGCUGUACCAAAACGUUUCUUUAAAAAAAAAGGGGGGGGGGGAAUUGGCAACAAGUUGGAUUGCUGUAGCCAGCAGGUGUACUUACUGAAAAGUUUGACAAGUGGAAAAAUGCCUAUGAUGUCUGAACAGAAAUGGAAGAUGGGAAACGGCAGGAACAGAAAGGGGAAAGGGCUUGUUAAUGUAGGGCCUUCCUUUUAAAAUCAUGGGGAAAUAGCUAGUGAUAAAAUCGAAAGCUCUUUUAAAAACCAUCAUGUUAAGGUGAUAAAUCCGAAACUAUUAGAGCAUGUGAUUCAACAAGAAACAUCUGUCUUCAGUUCUAUAAUUGAAUUAUGGGCUCAUGCAAGAUUGAUGGUGCAUGAUACAAAUUAAGUUCCACCAGGAUCAUGCUUACACAAUCAGGACCGAGUUGAACCUUGGUGGAAGCCCAGGAAUGCCAUUAUGAUUACUACAACUUAAUUUUGUGCAUUAACCAUUACCACGUGUGAGCCUUCUUUCCAAUGAUAUGUCAACACACAAGCGAAUGCUGUUUCUAUGGCAAACUGUUAUUGGUAGCCAAGUAGCAGGUGUUUCCAUUUAAUAUUUUAGAACUAAGCUCAUUUGUGGCAUCUUGACCUUCACCGGUUAAACCUGCAUCAUUGAGGUGUGGGAAGUCAUUGCUUUUAGAAUAAGAUAAAUUCAGUGGACAUCAAAUGGUCCUUUAAAAAAAUGGAAUGUCACUGUUGUGUUGAAAACUGUCAGGUUUGUUUCCCAUUCAUAAAUGUGUUUUAAUGAUAUUGUAACAAUAAUUCUGAAGCUAAGGGCUACAUUUCCCAACAGCCUCAUUGACUGUGACCUAGAAAAAGUAGCUAUCCUUCCUCUGGGAGAUGAAGGAAGGAGUCAGGCUAGAAAAUGAGCAGUUUUGGUGGUGGAACACAGGAAGAUAACUACUGUCUGGGAGCAUUCUGCAAGUGCUGGUGAAGCAUUAGUCCUAUAUUAAGAUGUUUGAAAUCUGCAUAUUUUCCAGGGAUGGGUGGGUCAGGCAAUUUCGGUCCAUGUCAAUUUCACAAGUGAUAAUUCCCAAGUCUGUUCAGUCAUCACCUUGUGAAUUUUUUUAAACCUGCAAGGAAAUUUGUUCUUAAUUGCACUACUAAGUAUAUACAGCGGUACCUCGGGUUAAGUACUUAAUUCGUUCUGGAGGUCCGUUCUUAACCUGAAACUGUUCUUAACCUGAGGUACCACUGUAGCUAAUGGGGCCUCCCGCUGCUGCUGCGCAGUUUCUGUUCUCAUCCUGAAGCAAAGUUCUUAACCCGAGGUAAUAUUUCUGGCUUAGCGGAGUCUGUAACCUGAAGCGUAUGUAACCCGAGGUACCGCUGUAUAUACUUAAAUAUUUUAUCUCAACAUACACAUUUCUUGGCCUCUUUUUAAUCUUAAAAUACAUUUUGGUACUUUUUUACAGCCAAGAACAGUAUCACAAAAUUCAGAGAAGUGCAAAAUCAGUGCAAUGAUUUUAGAGCACUAUGGGCAGAACCUAGAAGCUAGAGGAGGCCAGUAGAGAAGUCAGGGGAGAGAAGGCUGAGGUGAUGGGCAGAAGCUGCAAGUUUCAGGAGCUUGGAGGCUAAGAGUAAAAUGGAACCAGGCAGAUGUUGAAGAGAAGGACGUGGCAAGGAUGACUGAAUGGGGAGAUUGGUGGUAUAUUGGAGUGUGGUAGGGGAGCAGCCUGAAAAUAAUUAUGUGGUGGUAAGGAGUAGUGACAGACUUCGGUCUUUGAACUUUCAGCAGUGCCCUGUGCAAGGCCAGAAUUUGUGUCCCCCUGCCUCUCAACCUUCUGUUCUACUUAAUUCACUAGGUCACAGUUGCAACGCCCUGCAGUGCCCCGAGGCUCAGUGCCCAGUUUGGAGGAUCUGGUCACGCUGUCCUAAAUCUGCCUCUGAGAGGAAGGAUAAUGGUAGGGAAGUUGUCAAGCAGGAAGGGAUAGAAUCAGGAAGGCUAGUGCAGGGGUCAGCAACCUUCUUCAGCCGUGAGCCGGUCCACCGUCCCUCAGUCCAUGUGGUGGGCUGGACUAUAUUUUGAAAAAAAUAAAAAACGAACAAAUGCCCCACAAAUAACCCAGAGAUGCAUUUUAAAUAAAAGCACACAUUCUACUCAUGUAAAAACACACUGAUUCCCGGACUGUCCACAGGCCGGAUUGAGAAGGCGAUUGGGCCGUAUCCAUCCCCCGGGCCUUAGGUUGCCUACCCCUGGGCUAGUGAGAACAGCAAGGCAGUUAACUUGUCAGAUCAGGCAAAAGGAAACAGGAAAAUUGCAGAAGGGCUUGGGAAGAGAAAGAGUUCAGAACAAAUAGUUUCCAUUUAACAUUUUGCUCCUCCUUUAGCGUUAAAACGGAAGCUAUCUAAAAAUAGCAGCAUAUUUUAAUUAUCAUGCAUGACUAUUAUUUUACAGUUCAACCCAGACCCCUUGGGUGUUCUCACAAGCGAUGCUGAAAAUGCCGCGGUCUGGGAUGUGUUGUUUGUACAUGUUGCUAAUGUGAGAAAGGAAAAUGGCUGUUUUAAGAUCUAGUGAACAGUCUAAUGGAUGUCUCUUUUUCUUUCUUCAUUCCAUUUGCAGAGCUGGAAAAGUGGGAGCACUUAGGUAUGCCUCACUUGUGAAAACAGCUUUCGAAUUCAAAUCUGGAUUAUUUUUUUAGGAGCUUGCUUUUAUCUGUGAUUAUCUUCUGAAUAAUGGUGAAGGCUGGCGGAAAGUUAGAGGCUAUGAAUCUCCAGAGAGCCUAGGCAUGAAUUUCAGCGGAGAGGUGUUAAUUUAAAUGAAGAGGUUAAACUGAGUGGAAGGGAGAUGCUGGGAAGUAGUAACUGAAUCGGGUAUCUGUUACUCCCCUGUAACAUGUCCUAGCAAUGAAGGCUUUUGGUGUGAUGUUCCUGUGGUACUGUUGUGAUUCUUCCUUGUGUUCUUUCUUUCUUCUGCAUCUGGCUCAAGUCUUUGAUAGGUUACAGCAGGCAGUCCUUAGGUUGUUCUUUUUGCAAAGGCACCAUGGGAUGUAAGAUACUUCCCCUUCAUAGGAAAAUAAGCAUUUUGUAAGCAACCAAAGCAAUUCAUGUGUGUUUUGCAAGAGGCAUCAUAACCUAGUUUGAGGUGGGACCUCCUGGAUAGGGGCAGAAAGUAUCUGCCUGGGGAUGAUAAAUCCUGAGCUGUAGGAGUAACCUAUUUCUGGAAAAUGAGCAGUGGUGGUGAGGUUGCCCCCCCCAAAUGAGGAAAUGGUGUGAGUGGUAGCUAGAUGAAGAAUCUGAUCCCUUCCUGCUCAACUCCUGCCGUGGAUCAUUAACCAGGAUGACCAAGGCCCUUUCAGUGCCAAAAAAUCAUGGUAAAAAAGCAGAUUGAAGCAGAUAUUGAUCAUCAGUAUCAUCCAGAAGUACCUGGAGUGGCUCGGCAGCAGUGGACAUAUUGACUUGCCUAAGGCUUCUUAAAGGCUUUGUGGUUUGAGCAGAGAUUUGAAUUGGUUACUUUGUGGCUCAUGCUCUUAACUACCAUGGGACUCCAGAUGUUGUAUCCAGCCAGGGUUGCUCUUUCUGCAGGUCAUUAGGAAGCUGGGAUUUGUCUGUAAAAAAAAAUGGGCAAGAAGAAGUGAAAGAAGCUGCUUGGUGUUGACUGACUCAGUAGGCUUUUUGAAAGAUGGCAGCUUUAGGGCACGGCUCAAUACUGCCGUGUUACUAGUAUUCUCUGCCUGUGCAUUCUUGCUUCUGUCCAAUUCCUGCUGUAUUCUGUUCAGCUGUAAAUAAAUAGACUAUCAAUUUUCUAGCACCCUCUCCUCCCAAAGAUGAUAAUCCUGGUAACAGCUGCCAUGAACAUCUCUUUGCGUGCUAAAGGGAGUAUGGGGAAAGAAUUAAAUACAGUAGUUAUAGUUAUAACGCUGAACAAUCAAACACAAUUAUUGCACAUAUUUGAAUUGCUGUUGUGAAUUGGUGGGAGGAUGGUUAGCCUCAAUGAUGCCUGAGUACCAUCCCUGGUAUAACAAAAGAAGUUGCUCUCUGCCAGAGGGCAAAUGGAUGGGCCCCCUCCCUCACCUGGCCGGUAUUUGGAAAACAAGGGCAGAGUGAGCUGAGUGGAGAGCUGCAAGUGGGCAGAAGCUGGGAGAGAGGCAUGACUGGUCUAUGCUAGAAUCCAAGGCUGUGACUAUGGGGGAAGCAAGACCUUUGGGGGUGUUAACGCUGUGAGCUCCUGCAACUUAGGCUCAGGUUGUAUGUAUUUGUGAAUAAACCAUAUAUCGUAAAGGCACCACAGUCUCUGCUGUCUCACAUUCUGUGGAAGUGCCUGGAGCCCCUGGAAUCUUGCACCACGCGGAGGUUGGGGUGAUGUGUGACAUACUGUAAUGUUUCUGCUUGUUUAAAUAUUUGCUUUGUGUUAGAAAUACAUAAAACUUCUCUUUCUAAUCAGCUGCAGGUAUAAUUUCAAAUGCAUUGUAACGUGCUUUUACAUUCAGAGAGAGGCUGCUGAUUGAGAUUGGUUACGUAUUGCAAACUUGCCGCAUAGCUUAAAACCAGAACAGUGUAAACAAGCUGCAAAUAUUUGUUCUUCUGUCAAAAAGGAGCAACAGGGGCUCACUGUUGUAAAUAAUGAAUUCUUUUAUGUAAACAUCCGGUAUGCUAGGGAAUCCAGCUGUGUCUGGGCCUGUGGCACUUCAUAUCAAAACUGCAGAUAAGAUGGGAUUUUUCUUUUGCACUACAGAUGAUUCCAAGUAAACAUGCAUAAGAUUCCACUCUGAGUCCUACUAACCUCAGUGAGAGAAUUAAACAUAACCUCAACUUUUGAUGCCUACCUUUGGGACUGGAUUGUGCCCAUUGUUAGCAGAAUCUUUUCCUCCAGUCCACGAGUUCAUCUUUAGCAGAUCCGCACCGUAUGUUUGAAGCACAUCCAAUGUUCAUUUAAAGCACAUCACUUCCCCUAAGGAAUCCUGGGUACUGUUGUUUGAGAAGGGUGCUGGGAAUUGCAACGUUGUGAAGGGAAACUAUGGUCCUCAGGAUUGUUUGGGAGAAGUCCAGUGCUUUAAAUGUGCAUUGGGCAUGCUUUAAAUGUAUUGUGGGGAUGGGGGGAGACAGCAACUCAUUUUAUUGAUGGUUGAUGGCAGAAGAGAUUAAGUUAAGGUGCUUUUUUAAAAAGAAGAAGAAGAAGAAGAGGAAGAAAGCCAGCACUUUAAGGCUUUUACAGUGUGUGAGUUUUAGUUUGUGCAGCAGAGUAUGAAUUGCCUGCCUUUAGUGCAAUAUUUUUCAUAGAAAGAUAGAAAUGUAAAUAAGAGAACCUCAGUCAUUUCUACAAAAGUUUGUCUAGUCCACGGGGAUUCUACAUUCUAUUCUAUAGUAACUGCUGCAUUUUACUACCAUAGGAAAGCCUCUGAAAUGUGAAGUUAAGAACAGGGGAACUUAGAAGACUUCCAAAGGAGAUUAGACAAAUUCAUGGUGGAUAAGGCUAUUGGUGGCUACUCACCCAAUGGCUCUGUUCUACCUUCACUGUUGGAGGCAAUAUAGAGUUGCUAGAAACCAAAGAUGGGGACAGUGUUGUUGCACUCAGGUCCUGCUUGUGGCCUUCCCAUUGGCUUCUGGGUGGCCACUGUGAGAAGAGGAUGCUGGACAAGAUGCAAUACCGGCCUCGGGGACCUGACCCAGCAGGCUGUUCUUAUUCUUAGGUAGAGUCUGAGGACUAAAUGCAUGAAGGAAAAACCUGUCAAUGGCUGUUAACUAUUUGAGCUAAUUAGAAUGCCCAGAGUCAAAGAUGCUACACCUUUACUUACACAAUGCUGGGGACAAAAAAUAGCAAGGGCUGCGGCCUCACGCUCUGCUUGUAGGUUUCCCAGAGGCAUCUGUCUGGUCACUCUUGAAAACAAUACUAGACUACUGGCAGACGAAGGUGGGGGUGACAUCGCGGCCCAUCCUGGGGGGGUGACAUCGCAGCCACCCCCACCCCCCAGGGCACUUGGCGCGCACCCUCGAGAUGCUUGCUACUCACCGCACACGUCCUGGGACAACACUGCUUGCUGCGCACCCCUCCGACGUGUACCAUGCCCCUGCCAGUGGCACGCCACACCCCCUGGGAUGCAUGCCAGCCACGCCCCCGGAUAUACACCACUCCCAGUGCCAGAGCAGGUUGCUCCGCCACUGUACUAGACUAGGGAUGACCCCCUUUGGAUGAUCCAACAGGGCUCUUUUUAUGUUCUUUUUUUAUUCAGGUUUUAUUGGCAAGAAACCUGCUCCCAGAUCAGUCCAGGGAAAUCCACAAUUCAGGAUAGUACAGAAGGGAUGUCUCAGGCUUUAAAGCCAUUCUUCUUAAUAGCUUUUAUGGGUGUGUCAGCAGGCCCUAAACACCCUAAUAGUAGAAGUUAUGGAAUGAUAAAGACCCUUGCUUCCAGGGUUAAGCUCUGGGUAGCCUUGGACUGUGUUUUACUCUUGAGUGUGUGUGUGUGCGCGCGCUUGUGUAUUGAAAGGCAGGAGAAGUCCUUAUAUAUUGGCAAGAGGUCAGACCCUUGGAUAGGUUUUCCAUCCUGCCGUUAUAUGAAGGAGGCUUGUGGUGCUCUGUGUUUGUUGUGCUGCUCAUCCAGUCCUUGUGUGUAUCUCUUGAUUGAGGUACUACUAUCCCAGGAACAGAAUCCUAAACAAAUCCUACAAGAGCAAAACACCAAAUGCUCCCUAUGCCAAGAAUAGGUCAUGGUGAUGGAACAGCUGUUAUGGGGUGAACUCUUCCUGAAUAGCCCAAAUAAGAAGGGAAAUCGUUACAAUCCACUCCUUUAUUUGCAUAUGGCUUAAACAUGUAAAUAUACGAUGUGGUAGAUUUGUCAUCCAUGCAAAGUAUAGGAACUAGGGAAAUUAUUUUCUCCCUUCUUUCCCAACCAGAAAAGAUUACAGUGCUUAACUUUGACACUAUGGCUAUGUAACCUAAAUCUCUUUGGACCCAAGCACUGCAGAUAUGAUCUCUUGUUAUGUGCAGAGAUGCAGGAAACCUGAUGUGUGGUAAAUUGGGAUAUCUUGCUUUCUCUAGUGGCUUUUAUCACAUGCUGUGAUAACGCUGGCAAAUAGCUUCUCUCAGGUACUUACUCUCAACUGAUUGUUCUCUGUAGGGAACUUUAAAUGGCACUCAGGUCAAUGCCAGAUAUAUCAGAAAUCCCAUUAACCUUGUUGUUGCAGAUAUUAAGGCCCCCUUGGCCCUGACUAUUGUAGCGAAAGCCUGAGAGUUCAUUCCCUCCCUCUCUCCUGGGAACAGGAACAGCUCCUGUCUCUAACCAUUUGGUCUGCUGCCACCAGCCCUUCCUUUUCCUCUGACUUUGAGAGAAGGGCAGUGCUCAAGGCUGUGAGCAAUUCAUCCUGGUUAGGGAGAUGUGGGAGCAUCCAGCCCACACCUCUCUCCCUCUACGAAGGAGGGCAGCUAGCUUUCCCGCAGUUCUCCCUAGACAUGAAAACAGCAUGGACCCAGAGAUCUAGGCACCCUGGAGAGAAGACUAUCUUGUGAGCAGUCACAACAACACAUGAUUAAUCCCCUACAACCAGUUUUAAGAGAAAAGGGUUUAAGGGAACAAAAAGGGGAAAGGCAGAAUACUGCAUGAAAGGAAGUAAAAAGCACUUCACACAUUUCAUGCUAAGUGAACUACAGCUUGAGGCCUCAGAUUAAGAGGGGGCUCUAAAUGCUUUUUUCAUUCUUUCUAAAUUUUAUGAUAUGUGCAUAACACACAGGGUGCAUGCCUCUUCUGCUUCGUUAAGUGCUAAACUAUGUGUGUAACUGAUUUUAUGUUCCUGAGCAUAAAAAGUUUUCAUAUAUGCUAAGUAAGAAUUCAGAAGGUACUUUCAUUUAAAGGUGUUUCAUGUGCUAUGGGAUCUCUUAAAGUUGACUAGGGUUAUAGUCUCAGCAUGUCUUCAUCUGGCCCUGAUACCAAGUCUACUCUAUCCUAAGUAGAAAGGUAAAGGUAAAGGACCUCUGACAGUUAAGUCCAGUCAUGGACGACUCUGGGGUUGCAAGUCUCAUCUUGCUUUACCGGCUGAGGGAGCCGACAUUUGUCCGCAGACAGUUUUUCCAGGUCAUGUGGCCAGCAUGACUAAGCUGCUUGUGGUGAAACCAGAGCAGUGCACCGAAAUGCUGUUUACCUUCCCGCAGGAGCGGUACCUACUUGCACUUGGACGUGCUUUCGAACUGCUAGGUUGGCUGGACCUGGGACCGAGCUACUAUCCUAAGUAUCUAUCUAAGUAUCUAAGCAACUAUCCUAAGUAGUUACUCACAAACAUAGGCCCCUGAGUAAUGCAGCACUAGGUUGACUGGAUGGACGGUGAAUAUUGGCCAAAUUCCAUUGUGAAGGGUUCCUUGUCCGGGUGGGCUCUGAUUGACAGGUGGCUCUGAGCAAGCCAGUCUGAUGAGUGGCACAUAGCCAGGAAAGGUACUGUUACCACCUUUUGGGAUGCGGCUAUCACAGCGUUAAUGACUGUCAGAGUUGCCCAACUCCCCUGCCAGACAGCAAGCUUUGCACAGCUUGUGCACUGAGACUUGGCAGGAGCUUCCACGGUCUGCCUGCCUCUAGGGAAUGGAAGCUGAGGGAACUGUGAAGCUUUUUAAAAAAAAUUUAAGACAUAGGCUGGGACUGUGCCACAAAAAUGAGUCCAGUUGGCAUGUUACAUUCCUUUCAGUACUUCUACAAGUGCACUCCCGGUAUGUUUUUUGGUCAUAUAAAAGAAACCGGAAAUGGAUUGUCAGUGCUAUCUCAAGGCUCUCUGAUGAGCUCUGGAUUUCAUCCGUCCUUGUAGCUGUUGUAGCAGCUAAGUGCACCAGCUCCACACGGCUGUGAGUAGAGCAGGCACUAUGGGCCUGCGGGUUUAGAAAUUAGAAGUCUUUAUUACUUUUCAUUCCAGUUGCUGAAGAAAUUGCAUGUAAACAUAAGUAUACUUCAGAUUUAUCUGUCUCCUCUUUCCCCAGUCUCCCAUACUCAGCACCAGCGUGUGGAAGAAUGGCAAUGUAGCACCAGGGAAACAGAUUAUACACGGAACAUAAUGCUGGCAAAUGCAUGGUGAAUCAUUAAAGCAACAUUCUUUUGUCUCUCCUGAGGGUAAUUUGCAGCAGGAACAUAAAAUGUUUUUCAGAUGCGCAUGGUGUCCUGGUGAUAAGCACCGCGUAGGUAGAAUGCUUAAGACACAGAACCUGCACACUCCUUUGGCAUCUCCAUUUUUAUGACUGAGCCUGAAAUAAUGAAGGUUAGGUGUGCAACAAUAUCAGCAGCAGCAGUAUUAUUGCUAAGUUUAUUGCAUGCCCUUCAGCAGCAGAUCUCAGGACAAUUUAAAAUUCAGAAAUUAAAAACAGUUCAAGCAAAUUGCAGGAGUAGGGAGUGUGCAUUGUGAGAACAAAGGAAGGUGCAUUACACCAAGCCAGGUUCUUUGUCAAUCCAUCCCCAAAUUGUCUAGGGCAGGGGCCAUAACUCAGUGGCAGGGGAUCUGCUAUGUAUGCAGAAAGUCCCACAUUCUGUGCUUGGCAUCUCCAGACAAGACUGGGAGAGACUCCUACCUGAAACUCUGGAGACCCACUGCCAGUGUAGAUAAAACUGAGCUAGGUGGACCAAAGUCUGAUAUUGUAUAAAGCAGUUUCCUGUGACUUGAUGUCUCUUGACUGACGGCAGCUUUCCAGGAUCUCAGGCAGCAAAGUGAUCCUUUUAGCUAAAUAUGCCAUGGAAUCGGGGAUUGAACUAAGUAGGCAAAGUAUGUGCUAUGCUCCUUCCCUGGAAAUUUCCUACAGUUCCACACUGUAAAAUGAAUCUGGAAAUAAGGAGGGAAAAUCAAUCUUUGGCACACCAUGAAGCCGCCUUAUAGUAUUCUAUUAAUGUCUGGGAAAAUGUAGUUUUAAUGUGUGCAUGGUCGCAUGACCACCUGUUUUGCUUAGGGGCACAUGAGCAAUAAUGGCAGCAUUGCCCACUUGGACUUCUUCCUAUAGUGAGCAGACAGCUGUGCUGGUGUGUGUGUGUGUGUGUGUGUGUGUGAGAGAGAGAGAGAGAGAGAGAGAGAGUGUGUCUCACAGAGAGAGAAAGAGGAAGACUUUCUAAUUCAAUAUUUAAUAGUUCUGCCCAGAGUAGCCUUUUCUAGGCUUCAUUCUGGGUGCAAUGGGAAGAGUGGUGAUGUUGCCACUUCCACAAAGAUCUGUUUUUCUGUUGCUAAGUACAUGUCUGCUGUCCUCUUUCCUUAGAGCUCUGACUGGAACAGGCCUGUGCUCGUCCAGAGCAGCCCUUACAUCAGGGCUGAGGGAGCUUUGGCCUUCCAGAUGUUGCUGGACUCUCCUCAGCCAGCUAGCAGGGCCUGUCAGGAGGGCCACAGAAUCACACACCCCUUGCCUGACAUGGAUUUAGUGUGUAUGUGGGGUGUGUACGUCUGGUGACAGAACUGUCCAGAAUGACGUGCACUAGUAACACAACAGUAAUGUAUAGAAAGUCAUGAGUAGAAAGACACAUCUAUUUGGUUCAUGUCUUUAUUUUACUUACUCACGCCUUUUUUUUAGAGCUGAGGGUAGAAAUCUGCCCUUCAUGGCAGGCAUUGUUUUGGGUUUUAGAUGCUGGAGCAUUUUAGAUGCUGUGCUUUUCUGUCAAUCUUUUUUCUUUUUCUAAGCAUGCUGAACAUUUUUGUGUGAGCAGUGCAGGUAGUGUCAAACUUUGAAUUGGCUACCUGCUAUCUCUUAAUACUGUCAUCUUUCUUUUGUGAGCUUUCCCGUAUGCAACAGAUACAGAGGCACAGCUUAUGCUUUUCUUCUUCCGGCAGCUCACUUUAUCCUGGAGAUGCUGUUCAUAACAGUCACAUUUCAGUUCAGUUUUGUGAAUGUUGUAGGUUAUGAGCUAAAUACCUGCUGCUUGUCCUCCUGAAUGCAAGGCUCUCAACUCUUUUGGGCAUUAACUUGAGAGUACAUGAGGUGAAGGGAGGCAUCAAAGCCAGAAUACCACAACCUAAAAGCCCCUCCAGAUGACCCAUAUACUGAGUAUUCAUCUGGACUUGUGUGCACUAUCCUUACAUCAAGAUUAGAUUAUAUCUGGUCUUUAUUAAGCAUUUGUUAUGAUUUAGUCAAUGAGCAUUCUUCCCGAUUUGCUUACAGGGUGUUUUCACAGCUUCCCAUUAGUUAUUUAUUCAUCUCACCCUCUUCAGGCCACUCGACAGGUGUGUGUGUGUGUGUGUGUGUGUGUGUGUGUUGUUCACAAUGUUGUUGAUGCAACAAUAGACCGUCCGCACAUGAUUCUGCUUUAUGUGUUGUUCGGUGAUGCUUCCCCAUUGUUACUGCAAUUAUUGUCAUCUGGAGACACAGCAAAAGCUGGACAAAAACAGUAACACACAAUCCUGGAACAUUCCCUGUUUAGGGAAGUUUUUAAUGACUGAUGUUUUAAUGUAUUUUUAAUCUUUUGUUGGAAGCUGCGCAGAGUGGCUGGGGAAACCCAGCCAGAUGGGUGGGGUAUAAAUAAUAAAUUAUUAUUAUUGUUGUUGUAGCAUGAAGAGUUUCAGGAUAGGCAGCAAUUGGAAAUGAAGCAGUAUGUCCAUCCCAGAACUUCUGUAGGAGCAAACAGUAUUGAAAAUGGGAUCACACAUUGCUGCAUGUCAUGGCAUUUUUGUGACAGUAACUCCCUAUGCGGAAUACCAGCACCUGUUCUUUUGCUGCCAAUGGCAGCUGUUUUAUUCUGGCAGAGCAAUCCUAUCAAUAUAUGAAUGCCAGCACCUCUUUUUUUAAAAAAACCAAAAACCACUGAGCAUGUAGAUCCCAUCAUGAGCACAAAGCACCAUGAAUGCACCAUGAAAAGGAUGUCUGGAUGCACCCUCAGUGCAUUUCCUUGUCAUUUUCUAAACCACACAAGUUUGUUUAUUUUUUAAAAGUGGAUUUGUUGUGCUAGUGUGAAAGAGCAGCUUAAUCCACUUUUAUUAUGCAAACCUGAAGGUCUGGUAUGUGACAGAAACAUUUCCCCAAAAAACAUCCUGUCACUGAUGGAAUGGAAAGGGGGGAAAGCCAAGUUAUUCUUAUUUAUGUAAAAAAGAAAAGGUUGCAUUUGCAGGUGUGUAAGAAAAGGGAAAUGCUUGUAUGAGAAGGCAGUCAGAUAUCUAGUUACAAUAGUUAUGCAAACUGGAAACCCCCUUAAAUUUUUUACCAUGCUGUACAUCGGCUUUUCUCUAAAGCAGAGACCUGUGGCCUUCCAGGUGUUGUUGAACUUUCAUAUGUUUCCCCCAGUAUGGCCAAUGGUCAAGGAGGAUUUGAGCUGUAGUCUAGCAACAUAUGGAGAGCCACUGGUUAUUUACCCCUCCUUUAGGGUCCCUGGACCAACUGCAAAGGAGUAGAGGAUCUCUAUGCUUUCAAUAGUUGUGCAAGAGAGAAAAUCCUGGAAAUCGCAGCUUGUGAGACAAGUAGCAGCCAUUGAAAUUCCCUCCUCUUCUACGUAACUAUUUCAGUAAGGGAGAUGUCCCUUUCUUCUUAUUUAAAACCAUAUGCAAGCAUGCAGUGCCAGAGAGAUCUGGUGUUGGAUCCCUCCUCCCUUCUGCCACUGCAGCCUCCAGCAUCUUGGCUCUACCGACACUGGAGCUCUGACAUCAGAAGAGCCAGAAACGGUAUGCGUUGAGGCAGUUUUGAGAAAGGACUCGGAAUCAGCUUGGUUCUGAAGGGUGCAAAGCUGUCUCACCCACCAGGGAUUCCCUAAACCUAAACGAGGAUGACGUGGUCUAUUUAAGGAGCUCCUUUAAACCACUUCCUUGUUUUCCCCCUCCCACUGGAAACAGUGGGCGGGGGGGGGGGGAGAUGUUUCUUUUAAAAUACCCACAAAAUUGAUGGAGGAGCAUAUUUUUCUCUGAAUAGAUCUUAAGAUACUCCUAUUCAGAUAUACUUGGUUACCUUAUAUGUCACAUGGAAACAUAGCAACCAGUGAGCUGGGUGUUUACAGAAGGCACAAGAACUUUAAUGGUUAAAUGUGUCGCCUGUGGCUUAAUAUUUCUGCACAACUGCAGGAACUAAACUAAUUUUUCAAGUGUAUCUUAUGAUAUUUUUAACAUUUUACUAAAUGCAAUGCAUAUUCACCAUUUAUACAUUUCCACCCACCCCCUCUCUCGACCUGUAUCAUACUGGCUAACAGCUGUUAGCAUGAGAUGCAGCUGUUUCUCCACUGAACUGAAACUGAUGAAAUCCCUCUUGGAAUUCUAAUUGUAGGGCUAAUUCAAUGGUGUGUGUAAAUUCUACAUGUGGUGGAUCAUGGCAGGGAGUCUUGGGCCUUGCCCAGCGGGGCUUCCCCCUGCCACUCCCUAUCAGGCUGCUUAUUGUGAAUGACCUAUGUGCAAACAUUCCUGCACAAAUAGGCUUCCUCUGUUUCGUGAACCAUCUAUUGCUUUUGACUGCAGCAGAUGGAUUGUGUGAAUGAAUCCUACCUGUGUACAAAUAUGAGCAUAUUUCCCAAGUAGUCUAAAUUCUCUUUUUGUUUGGGGAGGACAGUUUCCCCCUGUACCGUAUUAAAUAUGGGAUGUACGAUAUCUGAACCUCUUGUUACUUGUCCCAAUACAAAAAAAGAUUUAAGACCUAAUGCACCAAACAGAUGUCUUGUGGAUGUCAUUUUCAAUUGCCCUAAGUAGGAGCUUGCUGCCUACUGUAUGUAUUGAAUUAUUUUCUGUAUGGGAUCCCACCACAGAUAGAAAAAAGAGCAACCACCAGGAUUGCCCAGGUGAAAAUCCAUCCACUCCGUAGGUCACUACACAAAAGUAGUUCACUGGGUGAGCACAUUUGCUCUGUCAAGCAGCCCCCACAAAGAGGUUGCACUGUCUGCUCUGACCCUAAUUUAAUUAUUGCAGGCAGUUAAUAGGUAUUGAAGAGUUAAACAGGGCAUGAAGCAAAAUCAUGCAGAUGGCGCACAUAGCAAAACUGAGAUGGCACAACUGAAUUAUCACCAGAUGGAGCCUGGUGACGAGUGCAUGCUUUUCUCCAUCUUCCAAGAUGGACUUUUUCUUUUCUCCUUUUGGAAGACAUAAACUGACAGCUGUGGAUCUGGGUGGAGACAACAAAUGUCUGACGUGAAUACUAAAUAGUCUAGGUUCUCUUUCACACACAGUAAGGAAAUUGCUAUGAAUCCUCUUCUGCAAAAGCAUUAAUAGGGAUUUUUCUUUGGCAGUAGUAGCAGUCCUGCAGUAAUUAAUAUACUUAAGCAAACAUCUGCAUAGCAUUCCAUGUUUGUACUUCUUCUUUAGAAGAGAUGAGUGCCUUUCAGAUGUUUGACAUCCAGUCUCAAGGGAAUGCUCUAGUCCUGUUUAAAAAAGCAAUCUAUAAGCUUAGUUCCUUUAAAUAGCCUUGCAUGAUCUAGGGACUAUAUAGUAAAAUGUACCACACUGGGAUAUUUAAGAGCAACUCAUUAUCCUGGAGUUUGGUGCUCACAGCCAUGAGCCACAAUCAUUUCCUUACCACUUCCACUGAUGUCUCUUGUUUUCCAUAGUCAUGUUCCACCUGAAGCCAAAGGUUCAACACAUACUUGACUCUGCUGCUGAAAUAGUGGAAUUUGAAAGUGCUGAACUUUGGCUGGCUCCUACUCCUAAUGAUUGUCAUUUGUUGUAAUUGCCUUUAGAUCUAUUGGGGGCAUUGGCAGUGCAGAGGCUAAGGAAGGAACACCAGCCACCAUACUUGAAAUAAUUUUCAUGGGAAAUGUGGAUGCUAUUGUGACAUUUGCUUCUCAAAUUCCACAUUAAUAAAGUCUUUUAUUUUGGUUCCUGAUAGUGACUUUUGCUUUCACCAGGAGAGACUAUGACAAGAGAAAGGAUUUCCUUUUUCUUAAAAUGUUCCAUAGAUGCUAAUGGCACAAUCUUACAGACAUCUACUUAGAAGUACCGUAACUCACAUUUAGUUCAAUGGGACUUGCUCCCCAGCAAGGAUGCCUAAAAGCCAAGUUAUCUGUGACUGUUGAAACUGUGAAGCAAUCAGGAAGGAAUUUGUAUCUAGGAAUGAAUCGAGUGCCCAUGGAAACGACAGAUAGCACUUCGUUCAGCCAAGUCAGUCAAAGGGUAGUCAGGACAGCUGAGCAAUCGCUCUUGACAAACACUUGGCUGGUGCAUCUCUCUGUGUUGUAGGAGUGUGUGUGUGGUCUUUUAUUUGGGAAGUCUUCUGCAUGAUAAUUUUUAUCAGGUUAUCUAUCAUUAUUGUGUUAUAUGAAAGGGAGUAUGGAUGUUCCAGUGGCUGUUAAGAUACAACCAGUAUCCGCACAAAGAACUGUUCAGUUACAUAAGGAUCCACACCUGGAACAUGAAUUUAUUAGUAGUGCAUAGAAUACUAUGCACAGGACCCAACAAUAGGCUAACAGAUAUGAUGAGGCUGCUUCUUCUGUUCCCUGCAGCCCCUUCCAUCUCCUCCAGUGGCUCACCAAACUCCAAAGCAGAUUGCCCGGGGGGCGGGGGGCGGGCUGCAAUGAAGAAAGGAAGCAUAGGUCUUAUUUGCACAUGUGGAAGUCAGUUGUGCAAGGGGACACUGAUCUCACCAUAAUGCAUGUCUCUGUUUUCUAAUAAUUAGUUCUUUUUAUACCUCCUUUGCAAUCUCUUUUCUGUGGUAAAUAAUCUACCAUUCUAACCUCUAAUCACAUGGAAAUGGCCUCCCUGAUGAGGCUUGAUAUAUUAAAUACAUAGUUGAUUCAUAUGACAAUUUAUUUAUGAAACAAGGAGCCUCUUUUUCAUGCUUUCUUGUCAUACUGUUACAGAUCGAUAUCCUCAAAGCAGAUAUGGAAAGUGCAGAGUGGAAAAUUUUGGAAAACCUGAUCCUAGAGGACGUUGUGGAACACAUAGGGCAACUGGUCUUGGAAAUCCAUGUUCAUUGGCCGGGAUUUGAGGUCAGCGGCAAUGACAGCACUGUGGUUCGGUACUGGUACAGUCUCCUCAAAGAGCUAGAACUGAAAGACUUCAGGCUUUUUCACACUUACAAAGACUUAUCAAAACCACAGAUGUUCCUAAAAAGGGAAGCCUUCAACGCAAGUAGUUGUUAUACACUGAGCUGGGUGAAUACAAGAUGGAAAUAGGGGCUUCGGCCUACAGAACAGAACUGCGACUCAUCCCCUUCAACGGUACUAUUGGAGGUGAGUUCAGAGAUGCACUGUCAAAAAUUAUCCAAAGUGCAAAUACAGCAGCUAUGGUAUAUAAUAUAUAUUUUUGUUCCCCAACAAAAGUGGGAAGGCAUAGCUUCUAUAUUAGGCUUCCUCAACCUUGGCCCUCCAGAUGUUUUGAGACUACAAUUCCCAUCAUCCCUGACCACUGGUCCUGCUAGCUAGGGAUCAUGGGAGUUGUAGGCCAAAAACAUCUGGAGGGCCGAGUUUGAGGAAGCCUGUUCUAUAAAUUCAAGCUUCAACUCUUUUAAGAUAAAGUAUUUUGUUUACUUUAUCUAUGCGCUUGGCUGCUGCCCAGCCCAAGCCUGUUGAGAUGUUUUCAUCAUCAUACUGAUUAAAAACUCAAAAUGUGUGACAAAUAAAUUGUUUCUUCAUGGCUGAAUAGCAUCCCCCCCCCAAAAAAAGCUGUCUUAAAAUACUAAGCUUUCUUCACUGGGGCGGGGGCUAAGGUUAUCAGAAUGGUGGUUUACAACAUAUGCUGUUAUUAACUGCCCAUCAUCGUGUGAAAUGUGUCAGUUUUGGUCCAUGACCACAUUUUUAGAAGCAGCCAUGCACAACUACAAAACAGUUGUGUAAAUUCACACAGCAACAGCCAAGGUUUUCCAAAGGCAAUUCAGAUUGGGGCUUCUGGGGGAAUUAAGCCCCCUGCAAUUGCCCUAUCUGAAUCCUCCCAAAGUGGCACACAGGGGCCUGUAUGCUUCACACCCAUGGGGCAAACAGCUGUUUGAGGAGGCAUGUGGAACUGGGACUAUGGUAGCAAUGAAAAAGGUGAGACCUUUCCUCUCUCCAUGCUAUGACUCCACUACAAACACCCCCCAAAGAGCUGAUUUUAAGUUUAAAAAACAGUGUGAGAUCAUGCCUAGUUAGGCCCUUAGAUGAAGCACAUGUAGCAGUGGGUGAGUAGAUGGGAAACACAAAUUUGGCAGCAGCAAUUUAUUGAUGCAUGUAUUUAGAAUAAAAAAGUGGUUGCGUAGCUAUAAUGUAGUAUUCUUACAUGCUUCAUCCACUGUAAAUGCCAUGUUACCAGAAAUGUGUGAAGCGGUUCUAGAUUUCUGAAGAUGCUGCACACCUUCAACUGUAGAAAUGUACAGCACAAAGAAAUUCUCCCACAAUAUUUUAAUAUAAUAAAUUCAAUGAAAGAUAAAUUUACACUCUGGCACUGCAGAAAACUAGGCAGUUACAACUUUAAUAUCAAAUAAAGAGUAAAAAGAAAGAAAGGAAGAAGCAGCAGCCACCUGCAGACAAUGCUAGAGAUGUUACACUAAGCUGGUAUCCAUCUUUUAAUAUAAAACAUUUAUUAAAAAUAAGAUCUGUAAAAAGGAGGAUUGAGACAUAUGUACAGUAGUUUAGCACAAAACACAUAAUUCUAUGAAAUAAAAAUAGAUAUUAAAGUGCCCUUUUACAAGACAUAGGUGGUCAAAUGGCAAUGAAGCUGCAAUGUGCUUUCAGUUAUACCUCUCGGAAGCAUCUCCACAAAGGCAGUAAUUCACUAAUUGCACAAGCUCCACUGGCUGAAUGGGGCCUAUGCUAAAACAGCAUUUGAUGAAUUACUCAUUAACUGUCUUAUAUACAUAUAUACAUAAUAUUCUUUGGAUUUUUUUUCAUUAUAAAAAGAAAAUAUUUGAGUAAGAAUAGAAACCUGACUUGUCAAUAAUAAUUAUAAAAAAGGAGUCAUGAUAAAAAUGAAGAAUUUCUUAGCAUGUAUCCAAAUCCAUGCAUCUGCAAAUAUAAUGGGAUUGAGAAAAAUACCUGGAGGUGAGGGAGCAUAAAGUGUAUUUCCUAUCCCAUCUCACCACAAACAGCCUGUCCCUCGGUGAAUGGCAUGGGUUGUGGUGUUGGAGGCUGACAGGAAGGAUGUGGAUUGCUGAAUAUUGGGCUCCUGUAAAAAGAAGGUGCCCCCACCCAAUUUUUGGUGACUUCUGCUUUAGCUACAGCCCACCACACUCAGCAGCAUGCCCUAACAUCCAGGAAAGGCCUUUUGGUAGUGGGGAGGAGCUAUUAAAUGUACCUCAUGCUCAUCACCUUUCGUAAGCAUUUUUCUGAUCUAACCCAUUAGCUAUAUCCAUCUGCUCCACAAAAUGGAUAAGGGUGAAGAGAAACAUCCAGGACUUGAUGGAACCCAUCUUGGAGCUAAACAUAGCAACAGAUAGACAUCCUCUGCCUAUCUGGGUCUCUGCACUAGGCUUUCCUUCAUAUUUUCAAGCCGGGCUGUUGGGUUUGAGGGGAUUGCCCUCACAAAGAAACAACAACCGUGUUGCACAUAUAAAAUCUUUGUGUAUUUCAACAUGACCAACAACUGCUGUUAAAAUACAAAAACAAUUCUAACAACUUCUAUUAUACUGUACACACACAUUUGGAAAUUUGAGAGUACUGCCAAACAGUAUUUAUAAACAGGUGCAUCAUCUUACAAUGCUGAAAUGAAAACAUUUUUUUCUCCCAAAUUGUGCACUUUCGAGAAUAGAGUGAAGCUUAUGAAGUGUAUACUUCAGCUUCAUGAACACAAAGCUAGACACAAAUCUCCUCAGUUUAAUUUAAUUUUAAAAUAUCUUACAAAGGAUAUUCCAUUUAGACCACUUCAUUUGGUCACUUUCAGCUUAUAAUAGUUUGAGAUUGAAAACAUUUCAGAUGAAAUCUUCUGAAUUCCCCAUAUGGUAUAUGUGCACUGUAAUACUGAAAUACCUGAGGCAACCCAUCUUUAUAUUCUAAUGUCUUUGUUGCAGAAUAGGUCAUCUUUGUUGCAGAAUAGGUGUUCCAAAAUCUCAGGUGUUCACCAAGUGAUGAGAAGUUUAGAGUUCUCCAGUAUGGCCUUCAGUCCCACAGCUUAAUAAGACCAUCCCAUCCACACGUGAUUACCUUGGAUGUCUCAUGUGGGUGCCAUACUGCACCUAUACAGACUUUGUCAUGGGCUUUCAAUCGACUGUAUAGUUUUGUUGUCUUCCAGUCCCAGAUGUUCAGUUUUCCAUCUGCAUCACCUGAUAUAACAUAGCUUCAAAGAAAAAUUAAAAAUGGCUUCAAUCCAUUGAAAUCAAAUUCUGAAGGGUUAUGUCAAAACACCAAAAUAUGGUUUAACAUAGAAAGCAGAUGAAAUAGUAAUUGCUUUCCAUGCUUACUUUUUACUGCAGGGUUUUUGCGAUGAAUUACACUAAUCACAAUGGCCUCAAAAGUUACCUGCCCAGCAGUGGGCUGCUUACAAGAUGCUGUGCGCAUCAGUUGCCCAACUGGUUGCCGCUGUGGUCAGUAUCACCAUGCAAAUCAGCUGCUCAAAAGGGUUAAAAUAGUUAAACCAAUUUCUCCUCAUGCUGCCCCCAUCAUAUGACAAGGAAGGGGAAGACAACCCCCAAUUCCUCCCCUCCCCCAAGAUUCUGUCAAAAACGAAUGGUACCAAAACAUAGGCUCAGCACUGCUAGUAUUGGGCACCACAUGUGCAGCCUUGACUACUGGAUGGAGGAACCUGGACACUCUUCCUCCUCCCUAAUCCAGAAUCAUUGUUACAGACUAUACACAUAUGAGGACUCCUUUGACAGUUUAAAAACAUCUUUUAAAUCACUUUAGAGUCCAAAAUCAGACCAUGGGGAAAAAGUCUGAAAAUCAAAAUGGGGAAUGAUAUCCCAUAAUAGCCAGAUGAACUAUAAUGAAACAUACCUCAUGUCAGGUGAAAAAUCUACUUGGCAAGCAUACCCAGCCACCAUAUGGCCCUUGAAUAUUUUCUUUUUAUUUAGCCUGAAUCUGUUUUGAGCUCCAAAAAUCAAAAUCUGGUUGUCCAUCGAUUGACAAGCCAGCCACUUCCCUGUUAAGAGUAAAAAACAUGAAUGUUAAAUGUCAUUCUUAAAAUAAAUUCAUGCACUUAGAUUUCUACAUCUGAUAUCCAUAGUAUAUUUAAAAAAAGAAAGCCCCAAUUUUGCAUUCUACAAAGACACACAAUCUGAGACAUGCAAUUAUGAAUUAUUUUGGUUGUAAUAGGACUUAACAUGGAUUUGUAUUCUGCCAUAAAUAUGGAGCCUCAAGAGCUAAAUUCUAAAGCAAUAAAUUAUUCUAUGAGAGGCCUAAGAAGAUACGUUGGCUUACCAUUUGGAGACAAAGUCACUGCUGGCAUUGAGUGCAUACUGGGUUCUGCUAUGUAUUUGAAAUCUACUGGUAUGUCCCUAUGGAAGAAGACAAAAUAUAUGGAUGAAAUACUACAAAAAUACACCUAGUAAACAAAAUUAAGAGAUGAGAGGGGCCUAGAGGUCUGCAGUCUAAAUGUGUUUACUUGGCUAUUGAAUUCUGCAGUGUCUAACAACGCCAUGUGUAAUACACUUACUUUCUUUCUCCCUGUGUUCCAAAUUUAGGAAUCAGGAUCUCCUUCAAUGCAGAGAGUGGGUGGUCUAAUGCCUAACCAUUUUGAAGUGAAAUGAGCCCCCUGCCCUGGACAAUGUUGUGGGGUUUCUGCAUUCUGUCAUACAGUAGUUUGCCAGUUAGAGCAAAAUGUUACCACCUGCUCAUGAAAAAUCCCUAGCCUCAAAACAGCAGUUGAGCCCCGAAAGGUUGAGGGUAUCAGCUGGAAAUAAACAAAAGAACAAUGGAGGAGGAAGGAAUGGGCUGGCUUGAGCUUCUAACAGUUUAUAGUGCAUUGGAUGGGGUAGGGCAGCAGUGGGAGAUACCUCGCCCACAGGCCUAAUUAGGCCUGCCAUUUGGCCAAGCCACACUCACCUGCCCUACACCAGAUGUCAUAAAUGACAGCUGGUGUGGGGCAGCAGCAUUUUCCUCUCUCAUUCUCCAGAGCUCCCCUCCCUGUGUAAAACAACAAAGUGGACUCAGGUUUGGGCCAGGCAGACAGCUUUAAAUCUGAGCCCUUUGGCAUUAUGCACACUGUGGAGGUGGUUUUUAGGAGGGCUGGAAAGAGAAGAGUUGGGGAGGAGUCUCUUUACCUAUCAUUCACAAACCCACACUGUGUCACAAGACUCCUCAUUCUAUGCUAGCUGGAGCCCUGAAAAGGAACAUUCCUAGGUAUGCACAGCAGCACUUUGUUGCAGAUCUCUCUAGUUCUUUAUUUUUGAAUAAUGCUCUAGACCAGGGGGUCAGCAACCUUUUUCAAACGUGGGCCGGUCCACCAUCCCUCAGACCAUGUGGUAGGCCGGAUUAUAUUUUGGGGGGCAAAAUGAACGAAUUCCUAUGCCCCACAAACAACCCAGAGAUGCAUUUUAAAUAGAAGUACACAUUCUACUCAUGUAAAAGCACGCUGAUUCCCGGACCAUCCGCGGGGCCGGACUGAGAAGGCGAUUGGGCCGCAUCUGGCCCCCGGGCCUUAGGUUGCCUACCCCUGCUCUAGACUAGGGUAGGGAAGCUUGAAUCGUGGGCUAAUGGGGGAGGGCAAGGCUCAAUCCUGCUGGCGGCUGCUUCACCAUUACUAGGAAUAGUUCCUAGUAAUAUCUCAAGAUUUGUAGAAAGAAAAAGGCAGCAUUCAACAUGAUUUUCUUGUUUUUAAAAAAUAAAUAAAUACUUGAAAAUAAAUACAUGGGAAGAUCUGCCUCAAGUAGGAGAGAGUUAAAGGACUUCAGCACACUUACACUGUACAAAGAAUAAAAGAUUUCCCACUAGAAUUUUCUUUUGCUUCAUGAUUCUGCUCAAGGCAUUUAACUGUUUAGUUUUGGUUAACUAAAUGGUCUUUGGAAACUCUUGAGAAUUGCUAUGGCUGAUAUAAAUAUCAUCAGCGUCUGUGGGUGGCACUGAAGAUUUAACAAUGCAGAAACCAUUCAUUACACAGCUACAUUAACCUCCAUAAUAUUUACAUACAUCACAUUAAUGACAAAUUAGAUGGAGUGUAAAUGCUCUCAUGAAGGUUAAUUGCAGCUUAAUUUUGUUCAUAUAACCAUGAGAUCAUAUAAAUUCAAAGUAAUCAAAUUCUACCACUGGCGCUUUGGGCCAACAGAAAGACCGGAAAGCUUUUUUUAGAAGAUUCACUCACACCUUUAAGAAGCAAAAAUGCAAGGGAGGAAAACCUAUUUGCCUGUUAUGGCAAAUAACUUCAGUACUUCAUGUCCAGCUUUUAUGCAGCACAUCAUUAAAAGAAUCCUACAGAUUUUAGAUAAACCACACAUUUAUUUGUUUUUGUUUAAGAAAACAAGUAACCCUCACCCUGAAGGGCACAGCAAAUCUGAGUAGACAGGAUGCGAGGGCCCUCAACCAAUCUCUCACUCACUAUACCAAACAUUCUGUUAUUUUGAAGUUUAUUAUUCAACUUCAGAGAUCAUUAAAAUGAAGUCAAAAUGCCCCCCAAGAAAGAUUAGAGCAGGAGCCCAGUGCAACAGCACUCUUUUCCACUUGAGAUUCCCAGCAACUGAUUAUUAGAGCUAUACCACUUUGGAUAAUGGAGGUAGUACAGACACUAGGUGUAAUUGUCCCUCCAUGAAUUUCUCCAUUUGCAUUUACUGUGAUUUCUGUAUUUCAUCUACCCAUUCCUCAUGGUUAUAGUAGAUGUUCAUAUGGCCCUUAAGCAUUAUGAAGUGGUACUGGUAAAGCCAGUAGGUGGUGCUCUUUCCCCAGAGUCAAUAACUAACCAAAGCCCAAACAAAUAAUUUUAUUGCAAUGGUUCCAUUUAAAAAGAAAGAAAGAAAGAAAGAAAGAAAGAAAGAAAGAAAGAAAGCUGACUAAAAGUAUGUCUUCAUUCUGAUAACUCCAGUCUCUGACCUGAAAGUAAAAUGUUUGUGUCUUGGCAUCCUUUCUUGAAUAACCCACGAUUUGACACAACACUGGAAAACAUACUCCUUUCUUUGCCAUAUUUGCCCAUUGUUUCUUUGACAACAUCCCCUUUAAAUGUGGAGUAAACUGCGGUCCCUCCUAAGUUUUAUCUCAAGGCUGGUACAGAGAUGCAAGCUAACCAAGGUUUAGGAAUCAGGCCAUGUCAUUGUAUGCUACAUCUCAGCAUCAUUAAUUCCAGAGAAGGGGAGGAGACCUGUGACUCUAGGUCCUAAAAUUUAGAUUCUACAGCAUAAAUUGCAAAACCAAGUCGAGAAUUUACUAAACAUUCUGGAUGGGGUAGACUCACAGGAAAGAAGUCUAAAGUUCUGCAACCAGUGGGCAUCAUGGCUAUAUUGAGGGGGAAAGUAUAAAGAGAAUACAUUCACUACUCAAACUAUAUUUUCUUCCUCUCUAAUAAAAAAGUCAAGACACAGUUUUUUUACUUACCAUUCCCAGACUCUUAAACUCUUGUCGUCAGAUGUACUCACAAAUCUUCUAUUCUCAUCCACGAAAACAAUGGUGUUAACAGCACCCAAAUGCCUAUCAUAUUCCUGAACAAUUUCUCCACUUCGAAUAUCCCACUGCAAGACAAAUCCAAACAACUCCUUAAAAAUGGUGAAGAAAAUGAUCCAUUUUAAAAAACCAAGUAUUUUGUAACAGAAAUAGCCUAUUAUUACUGCAACAAUACGAAAAGAAUUCUGGUUAAAUAGUCAAUUGGUUUGAUCUUCAAAUUGUUUCUGCAUGAUCUUUACCAAAUACUCUGAAUUUUCUAACUUACCUGUACAAUUUUCUUAUCUGACAUUCCUGCUACAAAAAGAUUUUGCUUAUCUUCAUCUGGAUUGAAUUUGACACAGUAGGGAACUUUCCUGUUUGUGAAUCUUGAAAUACACUGUCCUAGAGAGGGGGUGGGAGGGGAAACAGAUCAAUGAAGAGGAAGAGAUUCACAUACCCAGCUUCUUCGUUUUCUGUUGUAGCUGUUGGGUUGUAUGGUGGGAUGACAAUUUUGCACAUAAUAAAAUAAGCCUCAACCUGUAUUUCUGAAGGGAGUGCCAUUUGCCUUAAAUCCAGAUUACCAAACCCAAUCCAUUGAUGGCCAUUUCAUGCAAUACAAAGCAACAAACCUGGUUUUGCCAACAACUGUAAUUUCUGGAGUACAGAAAUAUAGGCAGUUACCCUCAAACCACUGGUUCAUCUAACUCAAGAUUGUUCACAGUGGUCCUGAUUGGCAGUGAACUCCCCAGGAUUCAGACAAUGGUGUUUCCUAGCCCGCCC